AAUCAGAUGGCGAUUGUUUUUUUAUCCUCUUGGCCAGAAAAAAAAGAGAGCAGAGGAGGCGAGGCUGACGUUGGCCUAGAGAGAGAGGCGUGUGAAUGGGUGGCCGGCGCCAGCGCUACGCGUCUUGCUCUCCAGUAAACAUUAACCAGGUGGUGUUUGUGUGCGCAUUUCUGCGCGGCGGCUCUUUCCUCACUCAAACCAGCGGCUGCGUCGCCUCUGUGCGAAACAUCACAACAUGCAACCGAGAAUCCUCAGGCUUCACCUCCGUCCUUUAAAAACUUGAACCCACCGGGAAGGGGGUGGGAAGAGUUGGGGAGAGCGCGGGGCUUUCCUUCCCGUCCAGAAGAGGCUCCGGGUCCCUCUCCAGCCAGCCCCCUCCCCAUACCUUCUGCACCCCUCUCCUCCGCGUACUGCCCUUUUCCUGUGCGUAAAUGUGAGGUCUGGUGUUUUUUUUCGGACCCACCCUCCCUAUACCCCUCCUGUGUCUGCUCAGUGGCUUUGAACGCCACCCCCCCUCCCCAAACUCUUCUGGCCAAGCAGUUCCUGCUCCCUCCCAUCGCUCCCCUGCCGGUUGCGCUCUCUUCUCUCUCUCUCUCCUCCUUCUCUUCCUCGUUUUGCUUUCUCUCUCUCCCCCUAUCCUGCCUCCGCCCGAGUGCGCUUUCGGAGAAGGGGGAGAGAGAGAGGGAGCUCACGGAGAGGGGUACCCCCGCUUUUGCAGCCGCGGCGUUUCCAUCGCCACUUCUGCCUCGCUCCUUCAUGGCUGGGAACGAAUGGGACUGGUUUCAGCGGGAGGAGCUGAUCGGACAGAUCAGCGACAUCAGAGUCCAAAAUCUCCAAGGUAAAACCAAACAAAUCAAAUACCUAGAUUUUUAUAUUUGUCACCCCCACCCCGCACCCCAAUCCUGCCCCUCCGCGUUUCGAGUUUGUGUGCGCGCGUGCGGCGUGCGCGUCCGCACCCGAAGAGCGCGCUCCCCUCCGGCAUUGGCUUCCAGAUGGAUUCGAUUUGGGGAUUUAAAACUCCGGUUCCUUCCUUCUCUCCCUCCCCCCCAACUCCCGCGUCUUAAUUCCUCCUGUGCAUAUGAGCACAGCUUCACAUUCGCUGGCUGCUUUGAUCCGCUGUGCCUGGGAGACCAAAAAAUAAAAAGAAAGUAUAUGGGUGUUUAUCUUAAUAUAUGUAAACUUAAGGAUAAAAUAGCUGACGCUGGGGCACGAAGAGGAAUUGGUGGUGGCGGGGUGCUCUGUAUGCAGGACUGGGGAAUCGGAGGAGGCGAAAGAUGUAAUUUUAGGUGACUUGUUUAAGUUAUCAUUCUGCUUUUGGUGCUAAUUUUUUCUUGGAAAUCAUAGAAAGAGAGGCUUGGGCGCAGAAGGAGAAGCGGUUAUGUGCGUUAGCUUUGGUCUUUAACUUUAGGAAAAGUUGAAGCAAUCAGCAUUGCAGAGAACCUAAAAAUGGGAGAUACUGUAUUUACGUGAAUCUAAUGCACCAUCGAAUCUAACGCGCACCUCCAUUUUCAGAGCCUUGAAACCAAAAAAGUAUUUGCUGGCGAAUGUAAAUGGGGCAUCAAAGCUAAGGGGUAGCCUAAAUUUCAUGACAUAAUUUAGCCAAAAAAGGUGUGUAUUACAUUUGAGUAAAUAUGGUAAUGUGACGGUAGAUCAUGGUUCACUGGGAAACCACCGGGCCAAUUUCUAGGCCCCCAAGGCCUGCUGGGAUUCUUGCAAAGCAUGCUGGACUUGAUGGGUCCUGGUCUGAGCAAGCAAGGCACUUUAUUCAGCAAUAAUGUACUCUCAGGGGUGCAUAGCACUGAUUAGCCAUUCCUUAACCUCCCCAUGCGCCACGGCAACUUAAGUUUAAGUGCGUGCAACUGAAGCAAUAUACAGUAUACAGUGCUGCUGCCUUCAUCUCUUCUCUCCCUCCACUUAUACUUCCUGAAAUGCCAGUCAUAUUGAUGGAAUUUUGUAUAGAUGGCAGUAGAUCCUGGGUGUGCAUUCUUGCAUUGUACAUUGAUAGACCAUGAAGAUUUUAGUAAAAAAGAAAGAAAAAGAAAACUAGACAGGGCAAGGCCUACAUCUAACCUAGUCCUGAUCUAAUGGACUCAUAAGGCUGGAUACUCUGAUUUCAUAGACAUCCUUGCACUGUCCUUUCUUUCUCCUCCACAGCUUCAAAAUCCUGUCACAAAUACUCACAUUUUCAGCGGAUUAAGGGAAUAAAUGUGCUAAGUAUAUAAUUUGGAGCAUGGUUAAGCAAGGGCAGUGAAAAUUUCCUGGGAAAUUGUAAUGGACUGUUUCCUAUAAUCUGCCCUUGCUUCCUCCUCCACAUCAGGUAGCUUAAAAAAAUUAAGCUUUCAUUGGGUAAGUGGAAAAGUCCAUUAAAAUCGCAUCUGACAGAAGACCCACGGUAUCAUCUAAAGCUGUGGUUCCCAGCAUGGGGCAUAUGCCCCAUGGGGGGCAAUUUGAUUUUAAAGGGGGGGGGUAAUUCAAGAAUAAGUUAUUAACAGUGAAUGGCUUUUUAGGUUUCCUCCAUGUGAAUAGAAGUCCACUUUUUGAAUAAUAAGAAUUAUAUGUCGGGGGGGGGGGGGACAGGAUUUUAGAGAUGUUAGGUGGGGCAUGGCCAAAAGAGGUGGGGAACCACUGAUCUAGAGGAUAGCUAGGCAGCCUUUUUUCUCUGGGAGCAAAUUCCUUUUAUUUAUUUAUUUAUUAUUAAUGUUGCAAUACAUACAUAAUGAUACAUAUGCAUUAUAUUCGUAAAUUCACAUUUUCACAUUUCAUUAUGUACCAACAUUUAUCCAUUUCUUAUUUAUUACCCUGUGUCUUCCCUCCACCCAUGCGUGACUUCCUUGUUAUUAUUUUAUAACUUUAUUAUUGAGAUUGUAUUUUUGUAUCUUAAUAAUUAAACAUUCAAUCUUAUAUAUCUGCUUAGCUUAACUUAACUUUGUGAAAUCAGUCUGUUCCUUUGAGGGUAAUAAUCAGGAGCCAAAGCCAGCAGCGGUUGGGGCUAGAGGACAAAUUGGACAGGCCACUCCUUCUCUUUCUCUCUGCCACCCAUCUCUCUGUCGCUCUCUGUCUGUCUCUCCUUCUGUCCCUCUCUCUCUCUGUGUGUCUUUUUUGUCAUACCUGGCCAGUAGGUUGCCAAGGGAGGGACAAAUCACUCUCACCAGCGGUCCUGAUCAAUUGCAGAGGCAUUUUGAAACUGGGCCAAGGGCUGCAUGAAAUGAGGCCUAAGGCCACAGGUUGCCAAGCUUUUGAUCUAGAACCAACAUGGCAACAGGAAGAGCUGUCCAUGCUGUUAUUCAUGGGAUAUCCAUGUUAUUCAAGGGAUAGCUGUGCUACCUGGUCAACCCCCCCCCCCCCAAGAAUGUGACAUCGUUAGGAUGGCUUUUACUCUUGGCAAUGGGUAACUUUCAGAAAUGGCAUCCUUUGGAGCACACUAUUGACGCUGAACUUAGUGCGGACACCUGAUUGGCAUAGCCCACAGCAGCCCCAAACUCCUGAGCUCAAGCAAUCCACCAGCCUCUGCUUCCAGGAUUACAGGCAUUUGCCACUGCACUCUUCCUCUUAGGUCACUAAGUUUAAAUCAUGUUUUCCUGAACAUGACUGCUUGAAUAUAGCUAGCUAGGAAGAGCUAGAGACUAUGGAAGCCAUCUUUGCAAGUAUGGACUCUUAAGUGCGUGUUUGUAUGUAUAUGUUCAUGCAUGCCCUGGUUUCUGUAUUCAGAGGCUGGGUUAUCUUUAUAUUUGAAUUAAGUAAAAGAGAGGGAGGCUUCCUCAGACUUGCUUGGAACAUUUUCUGCAACUAAUGCUUUCAGUGGCCUUACACAUUAUGAAUUCCUCUGGACAAUUUAUAUGUUUGUCAAGGUUUUUUUGGGGGGGGUGUAGAGAGUCUUUUGCGCAGCAUUCCAGAUCUGUGGUAGAACAUCAAAUAAGGCUUAUUCCUUCACAGUUGGGAAUUCGGACGUUUCUGGGUCAAGGUUGUUCUGCAGUAGUAUUUCUUCAAAGGACUGGAGACAGAGUCCAUGCUGCCACUGGAAGGAAAUGGUCCUUCCAGUAUGUAUAUCUCUCAAGUGUUACCAUUGAACAUAUGUUUCUUAAGUGCCCAUGCUUGCCAGAGUUUUCUGUGUACCCAGCCCCCGGUUCUGUGCCACGCCAGCUUUGCUUGAAUUUCUUUACACUUGUAAUCCUCACAUGGGCUUAGGCCUGAGUUGACAUGUUUAGGUUUGAGUUUUAAAAGCAAUAAUUUGCAUGCUUUCAUCAGGCAAGGCUGAAGGACUGUAGCACAUGCUUUUCCUCCAGAAGGUCCCAACUUCAGUCGCCAGCAUCUCCAGGGAGGACUGGGAAAGAGUCCUCUCUGAAAAACCUGGAGAGCUAUUGCCGGUUGAUGAAGAAUUAGAUGGGCUCCUGGCCCAGAUGCAAUAGGCUUCUAGUCUCCCUCUUAAGAUCAGUAGGAACUAGGAGGAACUGGUUGCUAACAGAAAUACACUUAAAUGUGACUUCCAUGAAUGCUUAGAGGCAUGUGCAGGAUGCAGUUUGGCUCUGAUGCUCCUCCUCCUCAAAAUCUCUGUUCCAGCUACCUGACACAGCCAUCCCUGAAGAAGUAAUUUUAGAGUAUUUCUCCCAGGCAAUCUGUUAUUCAAAGGCCAGUAUUUGUAACAAUCUUGGUUCUUCUUCUUCUUUAAAGGUCAAAUAUUGUGAGGUAGACAAAGCUACUUGAUAGCCUGUGAUCUUUGCAGGGUUUGGGGGCUCUUUUAGUUCACUUUGAAAGUGAAGUUUAACCUUUGAUUUGGAACUUUAUUUUCAGAUCUUUGCUUUUAUGCUGUGUAUUUUUGUGCUUUAAUAUCGUAAACCGCCCUGUGACUCUCAGAUGAAGGGCAGUAUAGAAAUAAUUGUUAUUGUUGUUGUUGAGUCUGGCCAUAAUUGAAUGAUCUUAAGCCAUGAUUUUGAGAGAGUGGAACUCAAUUAGAAGUGUUGAGCUGCUUUGAGCUGCUACUUGCACCAGUCAGUGGACAGGGAAGAUGGGACUUAGUCUAGCAGUGUCUGGAGGGCCCUAGGUCCUACUUUCCUGGGUUGGAAUUUUAUUCUGGCAGUGCUGGUCUAAAGGGGAGUCCAGCAGUAGGUUUAUAGUGGUAGUUUUAGGAUCAACUGCAAAGGUGUAUACUGUGCUAGGAAAGAAAUUUCACUGGGAAAACCAGCUUGGUUUACAGCACUCUGUCAGAAUAGACCAGAACGUGACUGGCGAUGGAAACCUUGCAAUAGAAUCUCGCUAGAGCAAAUUAAAGGAGAAAUGGUACAUGGAUUGUUCUAUCCGCAGUGCCUAUAGAUCGGCUAAUGAAAAAGCAAAGCUGUAUUGACUUUCAUUAGCUUUCAUUCCGUAUGGAUGAAAUAUGUCCAGCAAAGUUUAUGUUUGCUCCUCUCCAGUAAGCCUGAGUUGGCAGGAGCUGUGCCAACUCAAGUAACAGUAAAAUAAGAGCUGUGGUUAUACAGGGAUGGGAAAACAAUUUGCUUAAUGUAGCCUAUCCCAUCUUUUUAAUCAACAGUUGAUGUUAAGCUGAAGUAUAGCUGUACCUUGUAUUAAAAUAAUAGGUUUGGGAUUACAUGCCAUUAUCAUUAGGAGCAGGGAGCAAAUGUUCUUAAUACGACAGGAAAGCAUGCAGAGAAAAUUGCUGCAGUUGAUGGGAAGUGACGCGGUUUCUGUUUUAUAACAGACUUGUUUUCUACUAAUACCAACCCUAAGCACACUUGGCUGAGAAGCAAGUUCCAUUGCACUCAGUGGGACUUGGUUUGGAUCGUGUUGCGCAUGAGCAAGUGACUUGAAACUGCAAUCUUAAGCAUACUUACUGUACCUGAGAACAAGCUCUAUUAAGUACAGUGGUUGGACCUAUUCCUCAGUAAACGUACAUAGGAUUACACUGUUUGCGUAGGACUGAGUCGCCAUCUUUUUAUAGUGUUUGUUGAAAAGUGCAGUAGACUUUUGUAGUUAAAGUCACAAAUGAGAAUUGAGCCAACUCCAAGGGGCCAUGGGUGCUUGGGUACCCACAAUAAUGUAAUUGUGGGGGUCAGGCACCCACAAAGUCAAUAAGAAAAGCUGGCAGGCAGCAGUGGCGCUGCCUCCGAGAGAGAAGCAGUUCAGCUCUGCCCUCUCCAGCCAGCCAGCGAGGCAGCCUUUUCCUCAGAGUCUGAGCUCCUCCUGCAGAAAAGGGUGCCUUGCUGGCUGCGGAGAGGAGGAGGAAGAGCAGCCACUGCCACCACUGUAAGGCAGACAUGCAAUGUCACAUACACACGCCUGCACGUCGUGCGUGUGAUGUGGCAUGUGCUAUGUACAUGCAUGUGCAUGUGACGUAGCAUGCCUGCAUUGUGGUGGAGGGCACCCACGAUUCUGAGGGUGAGAUGGUGCCCCUGCAGCCUAGUCUGUAAGAGAGAGAGAGAGAGAGUGUGUGUGUGUGUGUACACAAACAUAUACACACAUAUAUCUCAAUAUGUGCUAGGAAGGUUGUGAGGUUCAGGCUACAUGCGUUUCAAGCUCAUCGUUGCUCCUUUCGAGGUUUCCUGACCACUGCCAUAGAAUUUAAAAGGAAACAUUUUUAACAACACUUAAAAGGCGGCUCCCAACAGAAUAUUAAAACCACAAUAAAACAUUAAACAUCAAAAACUUCCCUAAAUAGGACUUCCUUCAGAUGUCUUCUAAAAGUCAGAUAGUUGUUUAUUUCUUUGACAUCUGAUAGGAGGGCAUUCCAUAGGGCAGGCGCCACUACCAGAAGACCCUCGGAGCUGGACCUCAGUGUCCGGGCUGAACAACGGGGGUGGUGACGCUCCUUCAGUGGAAUAGAUCCACACUGAAAUUGACAAGCUAAAUCCUUUGACUUCAGUGGGUCCAUCUGACUAACGCUGCAGAUCACGCAUUCACACAUAUAUUAAAGAGUACAUACAUGGUGUUUAUCAUUUGUCAAAUAAAAUCUAGGAAAGAAGGGCUAUAAUGUUGAAACAAAUAUUAUACUUUUACGGUUGUUAUAGAGAGUCCCGCCUAGCACUCAUGCUGUGGUCUUCCUGCUGCCAGAUGAAGAUCUUUUUACUCCUCCAGGGCCAUUAGAAAAGUGUUUUACUAUUCUUUAUACCUUUUGUGCUGCUGUUUUCUCUGUCAUAGGUUUUAUACUGCACGGUUGGUUUUAGAUUCCUUGUGUCUGUGUUUUAUAUUUUAUGGUUUUCAUUAUAGUGAACUGCAGAAAUGUACUUAAGUAACUAAAUAAAUAUUUUUGUGCACCUACUCUUUUGAAAGUUUUCCCCCCAAAGGGCAAUAUCUAAUUAAGCCAUUCUCAGAGUACACCCACUGAAAUUAAUGGUCUUAAGUCACUUAAGUCUAUUGAUUUGGAUGGGUCUGCUUUUCAGUUGGACUACUAUUGGUUAUCAUCAACCACCAUGUGCUAAUUUUUCUCCAGUUUCCUAGCGUUACAAUUCCUUUCAUGUCUUAAUACUGAAGGCCAAUUUGCACAUUAACACAUACUUUCUUUUUCUUUCUUUAGUAGUCCCCCCCCCCCACUGCUGUUUUCACAUUCCUAUUCUGUGUGUGAAGCUUUUUUGCUCCAGCUAAUAAACUACCCAACCAUUCCUUCAGCUUUCUGCCCAGUUUCUUGGCUCAUUCAGUAGCACUCCCUGCGACAUCUCCUGUUAUAGAACAUCUCCUAUAAUUGAAAGCAUACCUAAAUUGUUGUAAUGUAAAUAUUAACACUGUCUCCAAAUGUGUAAAAAAAAAAAAUCAAGCAUCGUUAACACGGCAUCACCAACAUUUAUCUGCAAUAUUAUUAUUAAAAAUGGUUUUUUAAAAGAAAAAUAGACAAUACCUUUGCAGUAUAACUUUUUAUAAAGUUUUCUUCAGUUGGUUGAAAUCAUUGGCUGCACCAUUCCACUAUGUAAGCGGAGAACUUCCUAUUUGCUUACAUACUGUUCAUCUACCAGCCCCUCUCCGGGAGUAAGCAUAGAAAAAGUACAAAAUACAACCAGCAAAUAUUAAAAGUGGCAUAAACCAACUACAUACAGCUGCAAACAACUACAUACAAAACCUAACAGAAAUUUCGCUGCAUCUGUAUUUGCCACCAUGAAGUGGACUUUGCUCUGCUCACCACUCUUAAAUGUCUUUUUCUUUCUUUCAAAGCUUUGUGGUGGAAUGCAAAGCAUUUAAUCUCCCUGUGCCUGGAGGCAGCAGCAACAGCACCUAACCAGCUACCCACGUAGAGGGAUCCGACAGGCACAGGAAUUCAAGCAGCUGCCGUGGGCCCAAAUGGCUGUCCCAAUGGGCUCCCAGUUCCCAAUAGGAUGGGUAGAUGGCUUUCCAAGCCAAGCAUGUACAUCUGGAAAACUCCAGUGCCGAGGACCAGUUCAAUGCGCAGGAGUAGACUGUCCAAGUAGCAGGAAAAUGGGAACCCUUGAGUGUCUGUAUAAUACAACUGUAAAAGCAAGCAGAGAUACCUUUCUGCAUACAAGCAAGCUCUUGUUUGCAUUUUACUCUACAGUACAUUACUUGUCCCAGGGUUCAUGGGACUUUAUAGGUGUGUUUGAAUUAAGGGUUGGCACCUGGUUCUUGUCUGUAUGUUUAUUUAACUGUUAAAAGUAUUUAUAACCCACCAUUCUUCUAGAUACCUGGGCAGGAUACAAUGCAAUAUAUAGACAAAUGAUACAAAUAAAAGGAUAGAAUGCUGUAUGAUAAUUCUGUUGCAUCUUCUCCAUAGCUGAGAAUUUUAGCCAACUAACUUCUACCUAGAGUAGACCCACCCCAAUUAAUGGAUCUAAUUUGAUGUCCAUUUUCCAAUGGGUCUACUCUGGGUAUGAUUAACAUUGGAUACAGCUGGUUGUCUUUUAAGGCAAAUUUACUGGUGCUCUUUGUCUUUUGUUUUUUCCCCCUGUGCAUCAUUGGUAAAUUCUGUUCAGGGACUAAUUGGAGCCUGACAAAAAGAUGAAAAAUGCAAUUCUAGAAGAUAAGCAGUGAUUGACUAUAGCCGAGUUAUUGCUUUGGGAUGACAGGGACUAACUAACUAGUCAGAUAUAUUAUAUGUAUUCUCAUCAGCAACAGGCCGCAUCGUCUGAUGUAAUGGACCCGGUGCAGCAGUCAUCCAGUUAAAAAUCCAAUCUGUUUUUCCACCCAAUGUGAUGUAUGAUCUGAAUGCACCAGUGAGGUUUUUGAAGUGGCACAGAGUGUUUGCCUUGCUCUUACUCUGAAGUCCAGGGGGAUUUUUUUUAUUGAUUUUUAGAGAGGGCAGGGCUUUAAAGCUCCAUUUGCUAUGGUGCCAAAGGCAAUUUCGGCUGCCAAAGUGUGUUCACCAGCAGAGCUGCUAAUUUUUAAAAUAAAUAAUAAUAAUAAUAAACCCUGUUGUGAAUAUGAUAGUCUAAUGUAGGCCUUUUAUGACCUUGAGCGAGAACUUCUCAAACUCAGGGAAUUCUUUUUGACCAAGUUGAAAAAAAUCACAUCUUGCUUGUUCCCAAAUAGAAUGCGAGAGGUUAUGUUUAGAAAGUUUACUUGAAAUGUUUGGAUCUAAGUUUGUGAGCAGGGUGAAAGCCACUGACAAAAAGAUGCACGUUGAAAUUUAUGGAGUUACGUGGAAUUGCUUUGCAUAAACAUUAUCCUGUUCUGAAUCCUUUGGUGAAAAGGAGCAUAGUUCAGUGGCAGAGCAAAUGCUUUGCAUGCAGAAGGUCCCAGUUUCAAUCCUAGCAUCUCCAAAUAGAACCUGAACGUUGGAAGGGACCCAUAAGGAUCACCUAGCCCAACCCCUGCUAUGCAGGAAUCUUUUGCCCAACAUGGGGCUCAAACUCAUGACCCUGAGAUUAAGAGUCUCAUGCUCUGCCAACUGAGCUAUCCCUGGCUAUAAAGUAGGGCUGGGAAUGUCUCCUGUUUGAAUCCCUGUAAAACCCCUGCUAGUCAAAGUCAAAGGUUUUACACCAAAUGCACCGGUAGACUUGACUCUGUAUAAAGGAGGCUCCUAUAGCCUUACAUUGUUGUUACAGCCAAUUAUUUACCUGUAUGACAUGCACCUUUAUAAUUACUAGGAUAUCAUGCUUCCAUUCUGUAAGCUAUAGAAUUCAUAAUUUGCUUUACAGUGGUACCUUGGUUUUUUAAUGUCUCCGUUGAUGAACAUUUCGGUUUUCGAACGCUGGUGUAAACCCGGAAAUAAGUGCUUCAGUUUUCAAACACGCCUCAGAAGUCGAACAUGCCACACGGCUUCCGCUCAGUGCAAGAUCCUGAGGCCUAGCUGUCAGCUGUUGAGUUUUCGGUUUUCAAACAUUUCAGAACUUGAACCGUCUUCUGGAACGGAUUAUGUUUGAAAACCAAGGUACCACUGUAUAUUUUUAUGGCACUGUAGUCUGACUUCUGUGAAAAUGGACAGAUCCUCUGACCUUAGCCUAAUGGAUAUCAGAACUCUGUCAGUUCAGACACUUUUUGUCUUGAGAUGCCCAAGCCAUUUUGGUGUCAGAGGCAGAAAAUCUGAACCUCCCCACCCCACCCAAUGAUGAAAAUGAAAUGCACCAAAUAACUGCUUAAAAUUUCGGUAAAGUCCUUAGAAAACAAAGGCGCAUUAUUAAUCACGAUGCUUGGCAAUUUACAACCUGUUAAUGAUAACGCCAGAUGUGGAUCAAGCGGCUUGCUUUUUCUCUGGGGGAUCGUUUGAUACAGGAUCUGGAGGGCCACUUUGAUGGCAUUCUAAGAGGCCUUUUAGGAUGAGAGGUUGGCUAGCAAUUACCGUAUUUUUCGCACCAUAGGACGCACCGGACAAUAGGACGCACCUUGUUUUAGAGGGGGGAGAACAAGAAAAAAUAUUCUCCCCUCUCUGCCCAGCGCCCCUUCAGCGAAGCGGCAGGAGGCACUGCGCAGAGAGGGGAGAAUUUCCCUCUCUUGUUUUCCCACUCUAAAACAAGGUGCCAUUUAAGGUGCGUUCAGGCGGCUACCUUGGAAGCCUGGAGAGCAAGAGGGGUCGGUGCGCACCGACCCCUCUCGCUCUCCAGGCUUCAGGUUCCUUUUGACCUGCUCUUUGGGGCUGGCGGGGGGAAGCCCACCACCAUCCUCAAAGAGCAGGUCAGGGAGCAGCGGAAAGGCGCAGCGGAGAGGCUCCUGCCAUAGCCGCGUGUCACCUCUCCAGCCGGGAGAGGGUCGCGGGGCUAUGGCGUCUUCGCUCCAUAGGACGCACACACAUUUCCCCUUCAUUUUUGAAGGGGAAAAAGUACGUCCUAUAGAGCGAAAAAUACGGUAAUUGACAAAGCACACACCUUAUGUUGUCUCUUCACUGCUAGUGUCCUACAGGUCUCUGGUUUAGCGAGGACUUGAGAGGCAUGCAUAAAGAAAGGUUUCACAGGUCUGGCCCUACUAUCAGAUAGAGUGAGGCUUUUGCCUCAGGCAGCUGCCGUCAAAGGGCAGCAUAAUGUUAACUAUUCAUUAGGAUAGUACUGUGUUGCGUUAUGAUUGUUAGCAGGGAGGUGAGAGAGACCCCUUGUGAGAUCAUCUGCCUCAGACACCAGAAUGGCCUGGGGUGGGUGUGUGGUGGGGUCAGUGUUCAAAACUCCCAUUGUUCUAGGCACAUUUUGUGACAGGGGAUUGCGGGCAGUUUCUGAGCUCUGGGCACAAUACUGCGCCUAAGAUUUUGGAUUAAAACUGCAGAGCGGAAGGAAAGGAAGACCUUUUUCUGCCUCCCCACUUCCAGCUGCUCUCUGAAGACUAGAGAAGAGAUCCUCUUAAGAAUAUUAGGGGGGGUAGGUGGGCAGGGGAAGGACUAGGCCAUGUGAAAAAUGAACAUAAUAUUUUAGGUACAGUUCAUUCAUUUUUAGCUAUGUAUUCUUGUUAUUUAAAAAAAGCGUGCCUAGACAUUCUAUUGUUGCGCCCAUAACCUAUAUUUAAGGUGCUCCUAGCUUUCAUAUAUCUCAGCUUCUAACACUUGGGGGGGGGGGAGGCGGCAUUACAUUGCAUACACCCUCUCUCCCUCCCCCAUCCUUCCAUCUUUCUAGGGUUGUUCGCGUGUCUCAUUCAGCAAGUGUAUAUAGUCUGUGUACAAAGUAAUUGAGCUGUACAGUGGUACCUCUGGUUACGUACUUAAUUCGUUCCGGAGGUCCGUUCUUAACCUGAAACUGUUCUUAACCUGAAGCACCACUUUAGCUAAUGGGGCCCUCUGCUGCCAUGCCGCCACUGCGCGAUUUCUGUUCUCAUCCUGAAGCAAAGUUCUUAACCCGAGGUAAUAUUUCUGGGUUAACGGAGUCUGUAACCUGAAGCGUAUGUAACCUGAAGCGUAUGUAACCCGAGGUACCACUGUAUAUCCGUGCAGUUAUUCACAUGGGAAGUUCAAUGAGUAUAAACGGUGCUUUUUCCCUAGAAAAAUAGUUGCCGGUACUCAGCAUGAAAUUGUUAAAGUAAGUGCCAUGCUUUUUAACAACAACAAAAAGUGGUGCCGGUACUGCGUAGCCUUGAGUACCCCCUGAAAAAGAAGCACUGAAUAUAAAGAGGCUGUAUGCCUGCGUACACAACAGUUGAGUCAUCAAGUGAGCACCUUUUCACACAAACACUUGUACAUGUGUAGAGACAGCUUAGUGUUCCUUGCAACAUGUGAACCAGCCUGUUUUAGAUCCCCUCUUCCAACUCCCCCUCUGAUCUGAACUAACUUACUUGCAGAAUGUUGCGUGAAAUUAGGCUGAGGGAACUACAGGUUCCCUGCUCCAGCCUUGAAAUUAUACCGUCUCUGCAGUUUAUCUGGGCUCGUUUAUAUCAUUUCCAGAGACAUCUGUUAACUGAAGAAGCUGCCACUCUUCAUCCUUGGAAUAAGUGGAGGAGGGAAAACAUCAGCUUUGAAACAGGCACUGGCAUCUGGGACUUCAUCCAUGCAAAAAUGAUGAUAUUCUGUUCGUUGUCAUCUCUUCCAAACUCAGUUUUUUACUAUGGUGCUGCCUUCCUGCAAACUGAGCGAGACGUUAGAUGCAGACGGUGCUUAAAUCUGCAGGAGCAGCUUCUGUUUCAGAUGGAGCACUUAAGCUGUCUGAGAACUCACAUCGGAAAAGGCGAGGUGCUGUUGUCCUGAAGGGGUGGGCAGACAUGGUCCCACGACAGAUGUUGGUUGCUCCCUCCUUCCAGCUGCCAACUUGGGACAUAAGGUGCUGAGAAAAAAACGACAUCUGUGGCAGCAGAAUGUGGCUGAGAGGCCACCUUUGGAGGCUAUGGGUUGAGCCCCCUGCAUGUAUCGUACUUUUCCAUGUACAGUGGUACCUCGGGUUAAGAACUUAAUUUGUUCUGGAGGUCCGUUCUUAACCUGAAACUGUUCUUAACCUGAGGUACCACUUUAGCUAAGGGGCCUCCCACUGCUGCCGCAUGAUUUCUGUUCUCAUCUUGAAGCAAAGUUCUUAACCUAAGGUACUAUUUCUGGGUUAGCGGAGUCUGUAACUUGAAGUGUCUGUAACCUGAGGUACCACUGUACAGUGGUACCUCUGGUUGCGAAAGGGAUCUGUUCCAGAGGCCCGUUCGCAACAUGAAAAGCCCGCAACCUGAAACGCUGUAUCUGUGCAGGUGUGCGGCAUGAUUUGGCGAUUGUGCGCAUGUGUGAAGCGCGAUUUAGCGCUUGUGCGCAUGCGCGAGCGGCGAAACCCUGAAGUAACCCUUUCUGGUACUUCCAGAUUGCCGCGGGACGCAACCUGAAAAAACGUAACAUAAAGCAAACGUAACAUGAGGUAUGACUGUAUAUGACAAUAUUUUUUUACUCCAAAAUUAUGUUCAAAAACGUGCCUCGUCUUAUACAUGGAUAGUGAAUGGGGUGGAUGGGUGAUUGGCUGCAGCUGCAAGCAGGAGCUUGUCACCAAUGAUUGUUGGCUGCUAGAAGGGCUGCUUUGGAUUGGCUGCUGCUUCUCUAAUGGGGUUGGUGAUUGGUUUCUGCAUCAAACACUGCUAUGGAUUGCCUGCCGCUGCCACGAUUGGUGGCUGCUGUUCUGGGAUGCACGUGAUUGCCAGCGGACAGCUUUUCUCAGUCGGGUAAAAGAUUUUUUGCUGGGGAAGGGUCUGUUUGUGAUUGGCUGUCCCUGUGGCAAGUGGAUGAUUGCUGGCUGCCGGUGAUUGUCAGCGUCGAUGCUGCGUAUGGGCGAUUUUUGGCAAUUCCCCCUCCCUAAAAGCUGUAAAACUCUGGUCAAUCCUCUGCAAAAAAGCAGAGCCAUCUCUCCCCCACCCCCAUUUUCUGAAUUUUGAGUCCCCAAAAAUAGGGGGCGUCUUAUAGACAGAAAAGUACAGUAUUUUCUUCCAUUUACGUUUUGCCUUUCUUCCAUAGUGGGACCUGAGGUGGCAUGCAUGUCAUUACAAGGCAGUAAACCAUAGACAGUGACCAGAUUCAGGCCUGCUCAGCUUAAGCCUUCAUAAUAAUAAUAAUAAUAAUAAUAAUAAUAAUAAUAAUAUUUAUACCCCACCCAUCUGAGUGGCUACCAGUGCAUAUAAAAACAUAAUAGCAGCAGCCAAAGCAGCAGCCAUCCUGGUAGACCAGUUGCUGAUCAGGGAUAUAAAGGCUGUGGUGGCCAAACUACAUGUUACGCUGGAGCUUCCUACUUAAUACAGGAUGUAGCGUGACCCCGAGAGUAGCCUAGAAUCUUCGCCUUCAUUUAUUUCAUUUUUAAUGGUCCAGCUGAAUGUCUUUCAUUAAUACCUUGAGCUAUUUAUGCUGUCAGUAACAUCUCUGGAGCAUUAUCACUCAGAGCAGGAAUGGUAAUUAAAAUAAAUGAAUUUGACAAGAUCUGCAGGGUGCAAAGCUACGUCAUGAAGCUCUAGAACAUAUUUAGUAAACUUCCCAACCAAGGAAUGAGAUUUGCAUACUUGUGAUCUGUAAACUGUACAAGGAGGAAGCUCCCACUGCCAGUCUUACAAGGGUUGUGCUAUAAACACACGCAGCUCAAUAGAAUUUGAGUUUUGGAAACACUCAGAAAGGGAAAUAUAGAUGCUGGCAGUGAGUGUAAUUUGCACAUUUCACCGUGAACUGUGGCAUAUACUGUAUUUUCCGUGUAUAACACGCCCCAUGUACAAGACGCCCCCUGUUUUGAAUUUAGAGAAUGGGGGAGAUUGCCAAGAGUUGUUAAGCUUUUUGGGGGAGGGUUGCCGAAAAUCGUUCACCCACCAGACCAACGCUGACAAUAUCCGUGUAUAAGACGACCACCAAUUUCUUACAUAAUUUUUUAAUUAAAAAAAUCUCAUCUUAUACACUGAAAAAUACGGUGUGUGUGUGUAAACUAGUUGUGAACCUGGUGUUUAAUAUAAUCCAUGUUUGAGGUUGUCGAAAUUUACAGUGAGUUAAGACCAUAAGAAAACUCCUGCACACUCCCCACUUGCAAUUCUCAGCAACUGGUAUUCAGAGGCACACUGCCUCCCACGGUGAAGGGAGAACAUUGUGGUCGAUAGCCAUUGUCAGCCUCAUCCUUACCAGCUAAACCAGAGGACUGACUGAACUUCUUUUAACACAGCUCCUUCUCUAUUAUUUAAUCCCUCUUUUUCAGCUAAAUUCAGUAGAGGCGGGUGAGUCUUAACAAUGGGAAUUGCAGGGGAGGGGGGUGUACUCGAUCAUAAUUGCUGGUGUGUUUCCUAGCAAGCAGCUGAACUACUUGCCGCAAUCUGCAGUUUUAAGGCCACACUUCUUCAUUUUUAAAUCAAGCAUCUUUUUCCCACAAAGCAACAGCUAGAGACUGUCUGCUGAAGAAGGGCUUGUGGAGGAUUUAUUUCUCCAAACAGAUAGGACUUGCAGCUUUGCAGUCGGGAACUGUCCGUGCAGAAACAGUAAUCAGUCAGACUUAAAAGGCAAGGGGGAAUUUAGUAUUUGGAGGUGCUUUCUGUCUCUGUCUCUUCUUAAAUUGAUGGUAUGAUUAGGGGCCCCUCUAGACUUCAUUUGUAUUGAGAAGUCAUCGUGGUUUGUACUGGUGAUGCUUUCAAGGCAGUUACACACAACUGAGCUUUCAAUAACAUUUGCACCUGCAAAAGUUUUGGGAUGGACUUAACUGAUUUGCUUGCAAGAAGCACAUGUCCCUUGGCUUCCUGCUUAAACCCUGUAACUUUUUGUACCACAAGUGUUCCAGGCUGGAGGGUCCCAUUUUUCUUGUGCUGCAAUGCAAGAGUACCCCUACAGAAGGCAAUAAAGUAAGCCCACAACUUAUGUGCAUUUAAAUUGUGUGCAUACAGCUUUAUGUGUGUGCCCCCCUCCAAAUAAAAGGGAUUGGAAAGGGGUCAGGGUUCCGAGAAAAAUGACUUUGGCAAUCCCACCUGCCGUUGAACCCAAAGUGUUUGGUCUUUCCAAGAUUUUGGCCUUAGGUGAGAUCCCUGGAACGUAAGUUUUGGGCUUGCUGUAACAUUAGGGAAACAUUUCAGAACCACUAACAAAAUUCUAUUGCAUUAGUGACAUGCUCUGGAAUACACCUGUAAAAAAAAAACUGCCCUGGAGGUGCCCAGUCUUGACGUACCUAUUCAGAAAUGCAAUACCUGAGGGGAUAUGGCGAAUAAUAAUACAACUAACUAAUGAGGCUGGACUGAUUUUGAAAUACGUAUGGAAGAGAAGGGUAGGAACUUUACAAAGAUCCUAGUUCUGCUGGAUCUCUCAGCAGCUUUUGACACCAUAACAUCCUUCUGGACCAUCUAGAGGGGCUGGGAGCUGGGGACACUGUUAUACAGUGGUUCCACUCCAUUCUCCUGGAACGUGUCCAGAAAGGGGGAGGGAAUGAGUGUUCAGACCCCUGGGCUCUCACUUGUGGGGUGCCUCAGGGUUCUGUCCUCUCCUCCAUGCUUUUCAACAUCUACAUUCAGCCACUGGGAGAGAUCAUCAGGGGGUUUGGGCUGGUGUUCAUCAGUAUGCGGAUGAUACCCAGAUCUACCUCUCUUUCAAAUCAGAACCAGUGAAGGCAGUGAAGGUCCUGUGUGAGUGUCUGGAGGCGGCUGGAGGAUGGAUGGCGGCUAGCAGAUUGAGGUUGAAUCCGGACAAGACAGAAGUACUGUUUUUGGGGGACAGAAGGUGGGCAGGUGUGGAGAAUUCCCUGGUCCUGAAUGGGGUAACUGUGCCCCUGAAGGACCAGGUGUGCAGCCUGGGAGUCAUUUUGGACUCACAGCUGUCCAUGGAGGUACAGGUCAAUUCUGUGUCCAGGGCAGCUGUUUACCAGUUCCAUCUGGUAUGCUGGCUGAGACCCUUUCUGCCUACUGACUGUCUCACCAGAGUGGUGCAUGCUCUAGUUAUCUCCCACUUGGACUACUGCAAUGUGCUCUUCGUGGGUCUACCUUUGAAGGUGACUCAGAAACUACAACUAAUCCAGAAUGUGGCAGCUAGACUGGUGACUGGGAGCAGCCGCCGAGACCACGUAACACUGGUCUUGAAAGAUCUACAUUCUGCGAGUUUUUUCGUCUUGUGAAUUUUUCGUCUUGCGAAGCACGGUUUCCCAUAGGAAUGCAUUGAACGGUUUUAAGAAAAAGGACGUUUUCGUUUUUCGUCUUGCAAAGCAAGCCCAUAGGGAAAUUCGUCUUGCGAAGCAACUCAAAAAACGAAAAACUCUUUCGUCUUGCGAGUUUUUUGUCUUGCGAGGCAUUCGUCUUGCGAGGUACCACUGUACUCAAAUAACUCUGCAAACUUCUUCAUUUCUUCCCAGUUCUUGAAAGUAGUUUUCAUUUUUAUAGGUACACAAAGUUGGAAGGUUGGGAAAGUACUUUUUGUUCCAGUUUCAUUUUGACAAGUUUGAUACAGGUUCUAAAAGUAACUAUUCUCUUGUGCCCGUGCCAAGGUCAGAGAAGGUUUUUGCUCGGUAGGAUUAAUUUUCUCCUGUGGCUACCAUUGUGUGCUUUUGUGUGUGUGUGUGUGUUUGAAAUGUUGCAUUCUGGCCUUAUUAACUUGAAACAUUAUGCCUUUGUCAAAAGGAUCAAAAGCAGCCAGAAAUCUAAUAGAUGCAUAUAAUUUGGAGACAAAAAGGGGCUCCUUUGAUCUGGAUUGCUACUAGGAAUGGGCACAUGAUGUACCUGGUCUGCUGGCAAGCGCAUUAUUGGCAUAACAUUCCUUGAAAUCCUGAUCCUGUAGCAUAGGGUCAGCCAGUGUGGUUACCCUCCAUAGGUUACUAGUAACUUCCAUCAGCCCCAGCUAGCAUGGUCAGCGGUCAGGAAUGAUGGGAACUGUAGUCCAAGAACAUCUGAAGCACAGGAUGGUGGCUACUCCUGCUUUAGUAUGCAUUGUUAUUUAAAAAACCUAGAAAGAAUGGACAGCUACAAUGAUGUCGCAACACCUAGUUAGUUAUUGUGAAGAAGCUGGAGUCAGGCAUACAUCAGCAGUAAAACAAUAAAGCACCUGAUGCCAAUGAAGUUUCUUUACUCAAACAAACAAAACAGCCCAGGUCUGGUGAUUCCAGCAACGCCUCCCCAAUGGAGCAGUUGCGAGGACGGAAGGUCCCCACCAUCCCAGCACUUUCUAAGAUGCUUCCUCUCCCAGGUCCUUUCCAAGCAACCCGAAGCUCCUUCGUCCAGCCCAGGGGCCCCCAAAUUAAGGCCCGCGGGCCAGAUAAGGCCCGAGGGACUCGUUUAUCUGGCCCGCAGCAACCCCUGCUGCCGCCAACCGCUCUUACCAGCGCUGCGCUGCAUAGCUCCCCACUUCUGGGUUGGAGGAGCACUGGAAAUAGCUUGUGCGCAUGCGCAAGCGUUAUUUGUGCAUGUGCAAGCAUUAUUUCCGGUCGGAGGAGGCCUGUGCACAUGCGCACAAGCUAUUUCCGGCGCUCCUCUGACCCGGAAGUGUGCCUGAAAUAGCGUGUGUGCCCGCGUAUGGGCACGCGCUCCACCGCCCUCCGGUUCACUGCACGAUCGGCGCUGGAGACACCGGCCCGAGGCGCGGUAAGUUUACUGACCCUUGGUCUAGCCUCUCUUUGGUCUCCUCUCUUCAUUUCUCUGUGUGUUCUAGGAGGGGAGCUGCCCGUUGCAGCAGGAGGGGGAGACUCCCUGGAUUCUUCAGCAGCCUGCCUAAUCUCUGUCUCCUGGCCCCCUUCCUUUCCUGCCUCUGACUCUGGACUGCUCUCUGGCUCAGCCUCUUCCUGCUCACUAAACCCUGUUGCCUCUUCAGCUUCCGACACCUCCUCCUCCUCCCAGCCUGCUCCCUCUGACCACUCUUCGUCAUCCCACCACAAAUCCCCUGGCUCUGAACCUUCUUCCCCUGGGGGUUCCCUUUGGGGUUCCCCAUCUGGUGCCUCCCACCACUCCUCUGCACCCAGACAGUCCAUGACAGUUACUGUCAUUUACCCAGGCAUUUCUAUGGGCCGUGGUCUUGUGUGGGACUCCAGGGACGUCAAGCCAUCACCAUUAUGGAAGGGCUGUAGCUUGGUUGUAGAGCACCUGUCUUGCAUGCAAAUGUCCAAAAUUCAACCGCUGGGUUCUCCAGGUCCAGUCAAUCUGAGCUAGAUGGAACAACUGGUCUGACUCAGUAUAAGGCAGCUUCCUGUGUUUCCGCCAUGUGCUCUUUGUGAGUUUCCAGAGACAUUAUAUAGCUUGGUAUGGUAAUUCUUGUGAUAAUCCAUAGAUGCCAAGCCAAUGAGUUCUAUCAGUUGUCUCUAUAGGGAAGCACAAAGUGGGAAUUUUCCAGAGUGGAAUGUGGUAAAAGAACAACACAUCUGGCGUUAUCAGAGGCGGUGUUCCUCUCGCUAUCAGUUGCUGGGAAUCACAAGUGGGAAAGUAUUGUGGUGCUCAGGUACUGCUUAUGGGUUUCCCACAGGUGGUCAGGUUGGCCACUGUGGGAAUAGGAUGGUGGUCUUAGAUGGGUCUUUGACCUGAUUCAGCACAGCUAUUCCUAUGCCCUUGUGCAAAAGAAGGUGGGUUUUGCUGUUGCAUCCAUCCAAAUUGAUUAAUGCAAUUUGAGGUCACAAGCAAUCCUAUCCUCGAAGCAAGCUCUUGCCAGAGGAGGCUUAUGCAUAAGAUACACUUGGAACGCAUGCAGAUAAAAAUAAUAUCUCAUCCAUAGUAAUGGAUGUUCAGAUCAAAAGCAGAGGCAGAUAAUUAAACAAAUUAUGUCUGGGUACAGCAGAUUGCUACCUUAGAUGCCUUCAGGUUUGGAAGGGAGCUGUGUGUUUUUCUUCUUUUUCUCCCUUCCACAGAACCAAACUUUAGAAUUUAGAAUGAUUUUUUAAAAAAUGUUGUAACUCUUUCCAUUUCAGGAAAUGGAAUUGUGUAUUAGUUGUGUCCUGAUGUCAAUUAGGCAUUGGGCAUUUUGGUCUCAAAAAGCAUGCUGUGGAGGAGCAAAACUUGAAUAUGUCACAUUUAAAAAUAUUAUGGAGAUGAUCUAGAGAGCAGAAGUGCCACCUUUUUUAAAAAAAAAUGAAAUCUACAUUCUGAUUAUCGCUAACUUUGUUUUAACAACCUGAGGAAUCCUAAAACUGUUUUCAGCAUCUCUUACCCUAACAUUUGUAUAUAAUUAUUACAGUAGGAUCACAUAUGGCAUGGGGGUUACGUUCCAGGGUGAGGUGUGGGGCAGGAAGCACAUAAAGUCAAAAAUCAUAUUGUAGAGUUGGUGGGGGCUGUGAAGGUCAUCUAGUCCAACCCCCUACAACGCAUGAGUCUUUCACCCAACAUGGGCCUCGAACUCUUGGCCCUGAGAUUAAGAGUCUCAUGCUAUCUGAGCUCUCCCACAACUGUCUGCAUAAGACCUUUCCUACUUUUCCAAAGCUAAGUGACCCUUGCCCACAGGCAAGGCAGGUGAAGAGCGUACUGAGCCCUGGAAACGUUCGCAUGACGUCGCGAGAUCUUGAACGGUCCUGCGAGAUCAUGCAAAGGCCUCCAAAGCCUGGAAAGCAAGGCAGAGAGCUUAAAAGCUCUUUUCGCUGAUGGUCUGCUCCUACUUUGCCCCCCUCACUUUAAAAAAAGAAUUUGGCCAAGCAUGUAAAGAUGUGAGUAAGUAAAAUCUGUGUGAGAUGCAAUCCUACUGUAUUAAUUUUGCAUGCACGGAGAAUUUAGGUGAAACUGAAGACCUAAAGCAUCGCUGGCUCUGGGUUGCACCGAAACAAGUGCAGAUACAACCAGCUUUUGUAAUAAAUGGAGGAACGAUGACGCGGCUUCCUCCCCGCCCCCCGCUUUCCCUUUUUCUGUUAUACAUUAAUUUAGCUAACUAUGGUCACCAGCGUAAGACCAGCUGAAUGAAGUUGGCAGGCUAACGUGUCCUGUAUUUAUUUUUAGACUUUUUUCUGACCUGUUUCAAGAAUUUAGGGCAGGCUUCAAUAUAACCCGACAUGGAUGACAUUGGGGGAAGGAGGGGUGGUGGUGAACAAUUAAUAUUGUCCUGGAAAAAGCUGACUUGCUAACAUUUUAAUCAGGGCUCUGCUCCAAAACCUAUGGAGAAAUGUACUCCCAACACCUGUAGAAUGUGAACUGCGUAACAACAGGAAUUCUGGUGUAGGCUGUUGGAGUUAAGGUCCAGGUGACUACAUGCUUGCACUGAUGUGCCUGCAACCUGUGUUUGAGGUUUCCAGCCUCCUCUUGUUAUUCAUUCAUUCAUUCAAUUUCUGUACCUCCCUUUAUCCAAAGAUCCAGGAGAGCUGAACAUAAUGGACGCAAUGUAAUGAUAAAAAAGUAAUACAGAGCAUCAGAGCAUAGUAAUACACAGAACAAUAAUAAUUAUAAUAACAAACUCCCCCCAGCCCAGCACAUUGAACAGGCCAUAGAUCAUAUAAUGGCCUGCGUAAAGAGGAAUGUUUUCACCUGGCCGCCUACAGACAUGUAAUGAUGGCACCAGGCAAACCUAUCAAGGAAGCGCAUUCCAUCAAUGGGGAGCCACCACAGAAAAGGCCCGUUCUCAUGUUGCUACCCUCUGAACCUCUCAGGGAGUGGGGACACAGAGAAGGGCCUCGCGUGGCAAGUGCAGGGUCCUGGUUGGUUGGUUUGUAUGGAGAGGAGAGGUGUUCCUUAAGGUAUGGAGGGGCUUUGGCCUUGUAUACAAGCUUUGGCUCUGUGUACCUGAAGGAGCGUCUCCACCCCCAUUACUCAGCCUGGACACUGAGGGCCUUCUGGCGGUUCUCUCACUGCGAGAAGUGAAGUUACAUUGAACCAGGCAGAGGGCCUUCUUGGUAGUGGCACCCGCCCUAUGGAACAGCCUCCCAUCAGAUGUCAAGGAAAUAAACAACUACCUGACUUUUAGAAGACAUAUGAAAGCAGCCCUGUAUAGGGAGGUUUUUAAUGUUUGAUGUCUAAUUGUGUUCUAAUUUGUUGGAAGCCGCCCAGAGGGGCUGGAGUAACCCAGUCAGAUAGGCGGCAAAUAAAUAAGUAAAUAAGCAGCACAGAUGAACAGUAGAUGAAUUGCCAUCAGUACUGUGUCUUUGUGCAGGUACAAGGAUGGUGCAAGCCGUUUAGAGGUGUAGUUCAGUGGUAGAGCAUCUCCUCUGCAUGUCCAAGGUUCAAUGCUUGGCCUCUCCAGGUAGUGGCUGGGAAAGGCCCCUUGCCUGGAACUCCAGAGAGCUGCUGCCAGCCAGUGCUGUAAACAACCCUGAGCUAGCUGGACCAAUCGUCUGACUCAGUAUAAGGCAUUCGGUUAGGUCUUCUGCUUACCAACAUGUGCCUCAUUUGUAAUUGACACAACCCUGUGCCAGUUGUCCAUAUCUAAAAAAGUAGAGACAUCACCUUGCCGACAAAGGUCCGUAUAGUAAAAGCUAUGGUUUUCCCAGUAGUGAUGUAUGGAAGCGAAAGCUGGGCUAUAAAGAAGGCUGAUCGCCGAAGAAUUGAUGCUUUUGAAUUAUGGUGCUGGAGGAGACUCUUGAGAGUCCCAUGGACUGCAAGGAGAUCAAACCUCUCCAUUCUGAAGGAAAUCAGCCCUGAGUGCUCACUGGAAGGACAGAUCCUGAAGCUGAGGCUCCAAUACUUUGGCCACCUCAUGAGAAGAGAAGACUCCCCGGAAAAGACCCUGAUGUUGGGAAAGAUGGAGGGCACAAGGAAAAGAGGAUGACAGAGGACGAGAUGGUUGGACAGUGUUCUUGAAGCUACCAGCAUGAGUUUGACCAAACUGCGGGAGGCAGUGGAAGACAGGAGGGCCUGGCGUGCUCUGGUCCAUGGGAUCAUGAAGAGUCGGACACAACUAAACGACUAAACAACAACAACAACAAUGUUGAAAAAAUAAAUAAAUGAAGGAAUCUCUUCACAGCCUUCAAAAAUAGCAGACCAAGGCCUGGCAGAGAGAAAAUUGUCCGGCAGAGCAUAAUACCUUAAGGCCACGCUGUGUCCCAUCGCACAUCUUCGAAAAGCCCAUAGCAGUGUGCAAAAUAUCCAAAACCAUCAGCUGCUCCUUCCCCAUAUAUUAUUAAAGCCCAAACUUUGCUGUUCGUUUUUACUAUACUGGAGAGCAGCGAAGCCGGCUAAAAAUAUCAGCUGUAGCGUCUUUUUAAAAAAUGUGGCUGUCAAGGAAUAAUGCAUGAAAUGUGUGCACCGUGGUGGACUUUAAAAUCCUGUGUUUCAAUGUAUAAUUUAAGGGCAUCUCUGCACGUUUUGUCUGUCGUUGCUAAACCAAGAGGCAGCUGCUUUUAGCUGUGCAGCUUCAAGCCUUCCCAUGGAGCACAAAUCGUUCCCUGGAGGUGAGACUAUAAUUGAUGGGUAAUUUCAGCCUGUCCUUGGUUUAAUUUGAGGAACAGAUAGGAAUUACUAUUUAGAGCAGCUUUCCUCCAACCUGGUGCCCUCUAGAUGUUGAGGAAGCCUAUUUCAAGAGUAAAAUAUAGGCUAUUCCAAGAGAAGUGAUACCUUGGAGCCGGGGUUGGGAACCUCAGGCCUGGGGACUAAAUGCUGCUCUUUGGAGCCCUCUGGGUGGCCCUUGAGACUUUCUACAGGCCACACACACCCUACUAGAGUACGUGCCUUAGAUGCAGAAAAUUCUAAGUUCAUUUCCUGGCAUCUCCAGUUAAAAGGUUUCAGGGAGAGCUGCAGGCUUGCCAGUAGUACAUGUGGAAAGGAUCUAGGGGUCUUGGUAGACCACAAGCUUAACAUGACUCAACAGUGUGAUGAUGCAGCAGCAGAAAAAAGCUAACGCUGUUCUAGGCUGCAUCAACAGUAGUCUAGUGUCCAGAUCAAGGGAAGUAAUAGUACCACUCUAUUAUGCCUUGGUCAGACCACACCUAGAAUACUGUUUACUGUGUCCAUUUCUGGGCACCACAAUUUAAGGAUAUUGACAAGCUGGAAUAUGUUCAGAGGAGGGAGACCAAGAUGGUCAAUGGUCUGGAAACCAAGCCUUAUGAGGAAUGGUUGAGGGAGUUGGGUAUGUUUAGCCUGGUAAAAAAGAGAUAUGAUAGGCAUCCUCCAAUAUCUCCAGGGCUGUCACAUGGAAGAUGGAGCAAGCUUGUUUUUUUCUGCUCUGGAGGGAGAUUCUGACCAAAUAUCAGGAAGAAUUUUCUGACAGUAAGAGCUGUUCGACAGUAGAACGGGUUCCCUUGGAAGAUGGUGGACUCUCCUUCCUUGGAGGUUUUUAAGCAGAGGAUGGAUGCCGUAGAUGAGAUUCCUGUAUUGCAAGGGUUGGAGCAGAUGAUCCUUGGGGUCCCUUCCACCUCUACAAUUCUAUGAUUCUAUCAGAUAUGGAAAGGCUGGACUGGGUAGAAUGGGCAGCCUGAUGCAGUAGUAUAAGGCAGUUUCAUAGAUUGGUUUCUGAAGAGUUCAACCGUCCUCUGUAUUUUCUGCAGGCCUUUAUGCCAGUGUUAAACUCAGUUUAGAGCUCUGCCUCAAAUUAAGCCCCAAGGGGAACGUGGGUAGAUGCACAGUGAUUUAUUUUUAUUUUGUUUAUGGUAGUAUAUCUGACACAGGUUCUUGAAACAGGAUUUGACACUUAGCAUAGAGAUUAGGGAGAGGAGCUGGGAUACAUGCAAGCAGCACACAAGCAAUCUGGAGCACAAAUACGACUUUGACUGCGGCUUUGGACAGAGGACAGUGUGACUGUCUCAAACACUGAUGGCUGCUCUUAUCACAGCUCUAGGCAGUAACAGAGAAACUACUUAAAGGAGCAAACUGAAAGAGGCUGGUUAUUGAGGCGGUGAGAGAGAAGAAUGCUGCGUUGCUUUGGUUUCAACAAGGGUGAACUUCCUCUGACAGUGCAAUCCUUUCUUAACCACUUAGAGUACGCACUGUUGUCUAUAUCUGGAUGCACCUCAUGGUAUCCUUCGGUCUGGAAGCGGACUCAAAGCUUAUUUAAUCCAGCUUCCUUUGCACAGGGGCAGGAACCACUGUGCUGAAAUGAUCCCUCUGAAACUGGCCCAUAAAAUAGAAAAAUGUAGCAUGUUAAAAAUUAAUAGUAGACUCGAGGGAACCGGAUGGGGAUAAAGCAGCGAGGAUUUAAGGUAAGCCAAAGUUCUUUUGUAGGGCAAACUGCACUUACAGACGGUGGUUUGGAUGCAGCUUUAAAUUAGAUGCAACUUAGUUCCCAUAGGACUUAAAAACAGGUAAAGGACCCCUGGAUGGUUAAGUCCAGUCAAAGGCGACUAUGGGGUGUGGCGCUCUUCUCGCUUUCAGGCCAAGGGAGCUGGCAUUUGUCCACAGACAGCUUUCCGGGUCAUGUGGCCAGCUAAACCGCUUCUGGCACAACGGAACACCAUGAUGAAAACCAGAGCGCACGGAAACACCAUUUACCUUCCUGCCGCAGUGGUACCAAUUUAUCUGCUUGCACUGGUGUGCUUUCAAACUGCUAGGUUGGCAGGAGCUGGGACAGAGGAACAGGAGCUCACCCCGUUGCGGGGAUUUGAAUCGUCGACCUUCUGAUCGGCAAGCCCAAGAGGCUCAGUGGGUUAGACCACAGUGCCAUCCGCAUAGGACUUAAGUGCAACUAACUAACAUCCAAACCCAACUCUGUCUUGCACAUUUGGUUGUCUUGGAAGGUCACCUGUGUUUGUUCCAGUGUUAGAAAUUAAUAUACAUAUAAGGUAAAGGUAAAGGUAUCCCUGCCCCUACGGGCCAGUCUUGCCAGACUCUAGGGUUGUGCGCUCAUCUCACUCUAUUGGCCGGGAGCCAGCGCUGUCUGCAGACACUUCCGGGUCACGUGGCCAGCUGACAAGCUGCAUCUGGCAAGUCAGUGCAGCACACGGAACGCCGUUUACCUUCCCUCUGGUAAGCGGUCCCUAUUUAUCUACUUGUACCCGGGGGUGCUUUCGAACUGCUAGGUUGGCAGGCGCUGGGACCGAACGACGGGAGCUCACCCCGUCAUGGGGAUUCGAACCGCCGACCAUGCGAUCGGCAAGUCCUAGGCGCUGAGGUUUUACCCACAGUGCCACCCGCGUCCCAUAUACAUAUAAACUAGGUGCCAAAUGGCACCUUAAGCCUAAGUUAUGUUCGCCACGAUGGAAUGUCUAUUUCUCAGGCGGUUGGACUAGAUGAGCCUUGGGACCCUUCCAGCGCUAUGAUCUCAACUACAUUGCUUGAUUGUAGCUUGCUCUUAAAACAGUUCACUUGUCCCAGUAUGCACACACACAGUGGAAAUGGAAAUGGUAUUAACUACUUCCCCGAACGUUCGCCUUGUCUAGUGUCCAUACUGGUGAACGUCCGUGGCAAACUUGGAAGUACCGGAACGGGUUACUUCCAGGUUUGCCGCAUGUGCAGAAGCGGAAACUGUUCUGUGUGCAUGAGCAGACGCGGCGCUUUGUCCUGCAUCCUUUUCGGCUAGCCGGGGCUCCAGAACUGAUCCCAGCUGCAAAACGAGGUACGACUGUAUGGAAUAAGGCAGAGGGAUCUGCUUCAGCAGUGUGUUUCAUGAAGGGAAUGUGCUGGAGAAGCAGUACCAGCAGGAUGGAACCCUCCACUCAUCAGCUAAUGAGCAGAGGAUUCAGUCCCAGUGGCUGCAGGGACCUGGUUUAAUAAUAAUAAUAAUAAUAAUAAUAAUAAUACCCUGCCUAUCUGACUGGGUUGCACAAGCCACUCUGGGUAGCUUCCAAGAUAAUAUAAAAACACAACUAAACAUUGAGCACUAAAAACUUCCUGAUACAGAGCUGCCUUCAGAUGUCUUUGAAAAGUCAGGUAAUUGGUCAUCUCUUUGACAUCUGGUAGGAUGGGUCACUGCCUUGCCGUGGCGAAGGGGCUUGAAUAACUCAGAGAAGCUAUGAGCUAUGCUGUGCAGGGCCACCCAAAAUGGACAGGUCAUAGCGGAGAGUUUUGGCCAAACGUGAUCCACCUGGAGCAGGAACCGGCAAGCAACUCCAGUAUCCCUGCCAAGAAAACUCCAUGGACAAAGACAGUGUUCUCGAAGCUACCAGCAUGAGUUUGACCAAACUGUGGGAGGUAGUGGAAGACAGGAGUGCCUGGCGUGCUCUGGUCCAUGGGGUCACGAAAAGUUGGACACGACUAAACAACAAGGAGGGCGUUCCACAGGGCAGGUGCCACUACCAAGAAGGCCCUCUGCCUGGUUCCCUGUAACUUCACUUCUCACAUUGAGGGAACUGCCAGAAGGACCUCUGAACUGGACAUCAGUGUCUGGGCUGGACGAUGGGAGUGGAGACUCUACUUCAAUAUAGUGCAUUCCCAGAUAGCCACCUAGCCACAUCUCUUCCCCACCCCUGGCGCAGAUUGCACCAUUUCCAUUUCUAGGUAUUCAAGGGGCCAGAAUUUCAGAGGUUCAGCCAAGUUGCAGUGCACAGCUACUGGGAACAGCUCGGAUCAUGACUCAACAAGCUACAUUGGCGAGGGGGAUGGGAGGACCAGGUCAUCUUAACCUCUGUGGUGAAUCAGGUUUAACAGCAUUCAUUCAUAUCACGAGGCUGGUAUCUAUCUUGCAUUCUUCUUCUCCCAUUCCAAAUUCAAUUUUCCAAAUGGGUGCUCAGGACUUCCAUGUGAUCAAAUUAUGUUUGUUAUGGUUGGUUGUGGGGUUCUGAAUUCCAAGCUGCUGCUGUCUUUUCAAAGCCAUUUCAUAGAAGAUAAACACAAGUUACAUGUGCAGGUCACACAUGUUUUAACUGCUCAUCCCUAUACAAUAAUGCAGGCCUAAAUAAAACAUGAUGGAAAGUAAUUUUAGUUUGAACAAUCAUCAGGUUUUCUCUCUCUCUCUCUCUCUCUCUCUCUCUCUCUCUCUCUCAAUUAUUUUCCCGCAAUCUGUUAUUUGUAAUAAGAGGCAUUGGCUGAGAGUAUAGGUAACAUAGUGCCCUCUCAAUGUUCUUGAACUACGACUCCCACAAUCCCUAGCCACUGGAUUUGGUACUAGGGUUGAUGGGAUUUGUAGCCCAAGAACAUCUGGAGGAUGCUAGACUAGAUGGGCCUGGGGCCUGAUCCAGCAGUGUCAUCUUAUGUUACUGAAUUCACUGUGCCCACAUGUAGGUUCUGGUUCAUGCAAAGGAUGCUUCCUGCAAAUUCCCAGGCUGUGUUCAAAACUCUAAGACACAAUUGCGACAGGGAAUUUCAUUAGCCACAAGCAGUUUCUGAGCUCUGAGCGCUAUACUGCACCUAAGAUUUUGGAUUAAAACUGCAGAGUGAAAGGAAAGGAGGACCUUUUUCUGCCUCCCCACUUCCAGCUAUUUUCUGAAGACUGGAGAAGCCACCCUCCUAAGAAUAUGUCAGUUUCCGACACUGUUCCUGGGUCGUAUGCACGGAGGCCACUAUCAGAAAUGGGCUGUCCAUUUGUAGUUCUUGCUGAAAGAAUGAGUCAUACUACAUAUUUGGCAUCAUCUUUCAAAAGAGCGGAUACCAGUUUUUGUUUCAAAAUUGGUUCCAUCUGACGGGGUUACAGCUGGAUGGAAUCUGAAUGCUAAUGUAGCUCGGGUUCAAAUCCUGCCCUGUUGGACCAGGCCUUUUUUCUUCUAGGCAUACCACCAAAAAAAUAAAAAUAAUCUGUGAUAUAAAUUGGUUUGGAAUAUACUGGACCCAGACUUUCCUGUGAAGGCAAUUUCACCCUUAACAACUUGAUUUUCUCUGGCUGUAAUUCAUACCUUGUGAUCCGAAUGAGAAGUCUCAGCAAGCAAGGCUUCGCUAUGUAAUGCUGUCAGCUUGCCAGCAUUCACUUCUUCAGCAAAAGGGUUUUGGGUUUGCUAUGGGUAGGAACUCUCUGCAUAUAUUGACUUUUCCAUAAGCAAGCUAGAAAGAACAAAAGGCAGGACCUGAUUGAUCUGGGCAGGUCUAAUUUCAAGUUGAGAAAGGUUGUCAGGCUAGAUUACUUGAAAUCUCAGGAAGUGUUCCAGAGAUCAGAGUCAAAUCUUGGGUCUGGCUGUGUUUAGUUUAUCUGUUCAUAAUACUGGAAAAUGCAUGGGCUGCACACACUUGUAACUUAAGACUUGACUGAACUGGCUAAUUUUUGCACAGGGUAGUAGUCUUCACUCGCACUGAACCCCAGCACAGGAAUAAUAAUACUAAAGUUUCACUCCGCUUCUGACACUGAGUUGGCCACAUUUUUUUCUUUUCACCUAAUUGAUAUCAAGAGCAUGUUUGAGCAUUUUAUAGCUUGAGCCAGGCCCCAAAGGAUAACGGUGUACAUUAUGGCUCUAUGAAUCCAGUUCCAUUGACUGGAUUCUUAGGAACAGCUCACACAUUGCAGAAAGGCAAUCGCAGGUUUUCCACCCAUCUGCACACUGCGGAUCAUUGUAGCCAAUCACGGUUCCCUGAUCAAUGUGCUUCUUUGUGUACAUGUGCACUGUGCAUUUCUGGAUGUGCACUUUAAAACCUCAUAGAUUGGGAAAUGCCUGAAACGACCUUUUGCAAUUCUGUGGCAUUUGGUGUCUACAGCCACAGUGAGUUCUGCAAUCUUCCAGCAAUUGGACCUCACCCACAAAUGUCCACUCCUCCAUUGUCUCCCGAUACAGACAGAUGUCAGCAAUUGCUUUGGCAUUGCAGGGCUAAGGAAGUGUUCCCUUAAAAAAAGAAAAGAAAAAAGGAGUGGGCCCUGAAAAGAGAAUUGAGAAAAUAUUUAAAUCCUGAAGGAUUGGCGUUAAUUCUUUUUCUUUGUUUGCUUUGAGAUGAUUCCAGACUUCUGCAUGAUGCUCUCUGCUCCCCCUGACGCUAAUCUGCGAAGCAUUUGAAAGCACUUGUGCAUGUGCUACCUGCACUUACAGUCCUUGUGAGAACAAUUAAGUGCAUAUGUGGAGAGCAGUUUUUCUUUUCUUUUUGCACUCAUCAGGAGUGCCUCCAAAGCGUAACACACUCGGUUUUUCUGAACUUGCGGCCCCCUCUUUCUUAAUCAGUGUUUGCUGUGUUAAAAGGUAACAUACAUUUCCUGAGCAGUGAAGGAGCUUUGAGGGAUGGGCCAAUCUAAACAUGCGAGAGCUGCCAAAGGCUGACUCCGAGAGCAGCUGUUCACUUCCUGGCAGCGGUAAUGUUAUGAGGCUUCUGCUAGCACGUGGGUUGCAUGCAGACAUGAUCCUUUUGGAAUGGUGGAGAUGGGCAUGAUUUAUGCCUGCACUUCUGCUGUAGCUUGGAAAGCUCAGAGCAACUUACGUGGGGCUCCCAGGUACCUCCCAUCAAGACAUUGAUUUGGGUCCAUAGGAGCUAGACUCCAACACCCAUCAUCCCUGACUAUUGACUGUGCUGGCUGGGGCUGAUGGGAGUUGUAGUCCUCUAACAGCUGGAGGACCACAGGUUCCUGGUUUAAGUAAUACAGCAAUGCUUGACGCUUCCGCCCCCUGAUUAAACAGAUAUUUUGGGGUGUAUGGGGUGUUAGGGGAGGAGUAGUGCCUCUGAUGAGGGAAGCAUUGUCCUUCUUCUGGGGUAGGUUCUGUACCUUUGGUCCCCACCCUGCACUCAGUUCUCACCUGUGGCUCCUAGAAGAAGUCAGCAUGUGACAGCUGUCACACCGCGGGACUGGCUUUGACUAGCCGGCUAAACCAAGUGAGGGUAGCCAAUGGGUCUCAAACUCUCGGUGAGUUAAGAACUUCCCCUGUAUGUGAACGAGUGGAUGAGACCAAUAGUGGGUCCAAUGGUCAAGAAGGCGGUUUCUGCACAUGCUUUAGAGCUGGCAUAGGCAACCUCGGCCCUCCAGAUGUUUUGGGACUACAACUCCCAUCAUCCCUAGCUAACAGGACCAGUGGUCAGGGAUGAUGGGAAUUGUAGUCUCAAAACAUCUGGAGGGCUGAGUUUGCCUAUGCCUGCUUUAGAGGGAAGUGAAGGGCAGAUGGUGCUCGUCCACCUCAGAAGGUAGCCCAUCUAGGAGACGGAAAACUCUGAUCCUGAACCUGUGCUGCCUUGCAGGAUGCCUUUGGGAGAAGAAAAGGCUAAGGAGUAAAAGCUACAGAAAUCUGGAGGGGAGUCCUUAAGGUGGUUGGAUGGCACCUUUCCGGCAACUCCUGCAGCCAAGCUGGUGACAAAUGUAUUGCUCUGCUUUCUUUUCGACCACAUCAGCGAGGCCGAGGGCAUCCCAGGACCCCCAUACUACACACUGCCCAGGCUUGCGCCCCAGGAAGGUCACUAAUGCAGUAGUUCGGCUCCAUCCCAGAGGUGCACUCCAUUGUCUCUUCAGAUGCCAACAACAGCAGGGCUUUCUUUCCUUGUGUUUCAAGUCAUAGGGAAGGGGAGUGGACCAGAUUCCUUCUGCGAAAAGAGUGAUGCCUGCAGGUAGCCUAGCUAAUCCCUGGCGCAUUAGGGACUGAAAUAUACUCGGAGUUGAGAGUGGAUUUCAUGCUCUUUAUUCAGCUCAUAGUGGUGAGGAAGAAUAGAAGCUCCCCCAGAAUGUCUGCUUUAUAUACAUUAUUUACACAAUGGGCCCCACAUGAUUGGCUAAUUCCGGGAUUCACCUGUAGUCCAAUCAGGUUGCGGAUUCACUUCCACCUGGAGCUGGAUUGGGUGGCUCCAGUGGACCAAUCAGACUGCUGCAUUCUAGGCCCUAUUGUUCUAGGACCAAUCAGACUGCUGCCUUUUGGAUCCUAUUCAACUCAGUACAUAACAGGGACAGAGCUCUGUGGGCCUCUCACUUGCAUUCUUAGGUUGAUGGAUCUAAAGAGUUGUGUCGUAGGAGCUUGGCUAUUCCGAGAAAUACUGUUUUAAAAUUUGUUUGUAUGCUAAACCAGCUUCAUUAAAGCAUGAAAUGUUUGAGGCGUGGAUAAGGAAGUGAACAGAGCCUUCAUACCAUCAUGUAGGAUCUGCUCAGAGACUGUGGUGCCAUGUGAUACAUCCUUUUAAUGAGUCUGUGUAGGGACCAAAAUCUCGUUAUCAAACAUUUAGGCCACAUGGUGAUCCGCUGCUGCCUGGCAACAUGAUUCUUGAGCCCCUCAUGGGGAAUCCUAAGUUCAGAUCAGUGUCACAGACUGAAGGGCUUGGAUAUUUUAUUAUGGCUCCUCUGGUGUCUAUCGAAGAGGUGCAGGAGGUGAGCAGUUGUCUUAUCUGCCUCCAGUUUGAAUGCCGCUUAGUAGAAAAGUGUUUUUUGUUUUAUUGCACAGAAAUAGGACCUAAAACAGUUUUUGCCAGUGUGGUGCCCUCCAGAUGUUUGGGACUACAACUCCCAUUGUCCUGGCAAUCAUAUAGCUGGGCUGAUAAUGGUUUAAUUUCCUGAAAUGGGAAUGUUUGCUUAUUUCAAAUUGCUGUGUAUUUUUAGCAUGGGUUUUUUCCUUUGGCAGUAGCUCUCUCAUGUGAUUGGCUGACUGUGAGUCACAUGAGAGAGGCAUUCCAUUCUGUUGUGACUGUUAUUCCAGUAACUGUCAUUUUUUUACUGUUUUCUGUUCUUCUCUCUGUGUGUGAGAGGAGAAUGGCUGCUGAGAGAGGCUUCUCUGGAUAGUGAUGAGGACAGUGUGUGUUACUGUGAGCUGUCUGAAGUGAAAUAGACAAAGAGGAAGAUCCCCAAAAGUUAAUAGGAAGAGCUCUCUAUAAGGAACAAAGUGAAUAAGCAUGGGAUUGUAAAUUGAUUCUCCUCAGUUAUAUGCUUAUGAAUAUAAAGUUCUUUUGAAUAUAAAGAGUCUGGACAUUGCAUAUCAUCAAUACACACAUUGCUCUUGCCAGCCCUGACCAGCAUGGCCAAUGGGCAGGGAUUUGAGGAGGCACCAGGUUGUCCUUGGAUUUUAAGGGUUGGUUGCUAUUUAAGAUCCUUAAUCCAGUUUUGGUGUUUGCAUUGCUAUGGUUAUGGUAGGCCUCCUGGAACACUUUGAAGCCUUUAAGGUGGAAUGUGUAUUUACUUUUAAAAAGGCAAGAAGGAAGAAUCCUGACCUAGUGUUUGAAGUAGCCACUUGCAACAGCGUCGAGCAACUGGGCAGGGAAGCUUUACAAAACCUGAUUCUCCUUCCUUUAGCCUGCAAAUGAGUCAUGGAUAUAUCUAGGCCUCAUAAACAUUUUUGUGAGUUGAUAACUCAUUUUGCAAAGCUGUCUUCCUCCUUCCCUCUCUGAGGCCAGUAGCAAAAUCUUUUGUUGAUGGGCGAUGAGAAAAAUGAAGCCCAAUGCGCAUGCUGGUGUCGAUGCCUAAUAACUGUGAUGCUCAAUGGGUUAUAUAACACAUCUUGAUACCUUGCAUCAGUUUUCCUGAACCUGGUGCCCUCUAUAAAUAUUUUUAGACUACACCUCUCAUCCUUGAUACAAAUUUUUGGGGCUAAAUACAUAUUGUCCUCUUCACUAUAUUGUAAAAAAAAAUAUGACAAUGGCUCACUGUGGAAAAUUCUUUGCGCGUUUCACAUGGGCUCAAGUUCCAGAAUGUAGAAAGCUCAAGGAGAUAAGUGCUGUAAAUGAUUUGUUUGUGAUACAAGUGGGGAUCCGUUUUCAGGAAAUGGCUGUUCAAAUACUCCUUAAACAUUGCUGAAGCCUGGCGUAGUCAGAAUGUUGUCAAAGGGUUACCUUAUUUUGUAGCUAGCAGGGAAGCUAAAUUAUCGUUGGGAAAUUCCAGGCAUUUUUAGUGGACCUGUGACCUUCAGCAUGGGCUAAUGGCCAAAUGAACUCAAAUAUUGAAACCCACAAACUGUUAGACCCAGUGCAGACUUGACAACCUGACCUCUUUAAGGGUGGUGCAGGUUCUUAGUGGGCCAUGACAACUCCCUCUCCCUCCUGCUGUCAUGUGCACAGUUGAUGUUCCCCCUGCCUUGCAUUGAAUUUUUAUUCAGCUAAGGCCAGAAAACUGUGCUGUCCUUGUAGUCUAUUUUGACCAUAUCCCAUUUAGAUUGAGUGCCAUAUAGCUGUAUAUCCAGGACUUUUUUCCAGCUGGAACUCAGUUAUGGCACCUCUCAGGUGGGCGCCGUUGCCAUUGUAAGAGAACAAGGGAGGUGUUCAUGGUGAGAUCUGGCACUUCUUUUUCUAGAAAAAUAUCUAUCUAUCUGAGAGGCAGAUUUCUCCUAUGGGAAAGUGCAAUCAUGUGCUAGCUUCUUUUAAAAACAACAGCGUAUAUUAUUGAUUUCUCAAUAAAGUGAACGAAUAGUAGAGGUACUCUUGUCUGAGUAGGAGCAGAAAAAAAGUUUAAGGAGGAGGAAAAUGGAGGAGAAAUAUCCUGGAUCUGACAGUAAUUGCCUAGUCUGGUGGUUCCCAAUUGGUAGUCCACCAACUCCAGGGGAUCCGCAUAACCCCCCAGGGGGGCUGUGGCGCCAUUCACUUAACAAAAACUGCCAAAAAGAUAGAACAUUUUUCAAAAGUAGCAAGUCCAUGGUUUGACUUUUGAAAAACAAGGCGGUUCUCAGUACUUAGCGGAUUGGGAACCACUGGUCUAGUCGAUGGAGAAAUGUCUCCAGAAACCCGUUAGUUCAUGAGGACUUCCUCCCCUCUGUCAAUUCGUUGAUAACUGAGAAAAAGGCAAUCCAUGUUGUUUAAAAUGUGGCCUUCCUAGAGUGCCUACAGGCUUUAUGAACUGCAUAAGUCAUUUCCCCCAAGAGGGCUAAUGUCCAGAUACAAGUGCACCAAAUGACCAUAGUUAAGUCCAAAUCAGUUUUCUGGCCUUUGGCAAUCAUCAUUGCUCCAACUUCCUUCAUUAAGCAAACUCCAGUGACCACAGAUGUCCUUUUCAGUGGGGCUUGCACAGAAGACAACUGGCAGUUGAUUGUAUCCCCAUAUUAUCAGUCAAAGAAACUGUAAAACCUGCCUUGUUUUUUGUUUUUCCCCUGCCGAUAAACAUCAGUUUUUAGUAUUAGGUCACGGAUAGCCAGUGUGCUUCCCAUAUGUUCGUAAGAUCAUAGAAUUGUCCCACAAUUCCCACCAGCCCCAGUCAGUAUGACCCAUAGUCAGGGGUGAUGGGUAUGGCAACAUCUGGAUGGUACCCCAGUGGCUACCUCCUUCUUAGCCCAGUCGUGUUUCUAGUCUUGGGGACACAGAUUAAUUGAUCAGUGUGGCUGCCCACCAAAGUACAGCAUGCAUCUAAGGGGAAGGAAGGAUCAUCUAAAAAAUAAUAAUAAAUGAAAGAGAGGAAACCGAUCAAUCCAAAAGAGGACUAAAUGGGGGAAUCGUUUGCAUAAAAUGUGCAUGUGCUAAUUUGUAUCUGCAUAGGUGCAAAUUUAGAGAGAUUUACUAUAACGUGAAUUAGAAGUACAGAAGUGGUGCUGUGGUCUAAACCACAGAGCCUAGGGCUUGCCGAUCAGAAGGUCGCGGUUUGAAUCUCCGUGACGGGGUGAGCUCCCGUUACUCAGUCCCUGCUCCUGCCAACCUAGCAGUUUGAAAGCACAUCAAAGUGCAAGUAGGUACCGCUCUGGCGGGAAGGUAAACGGCGUUUCCGUGUGCUGCUCUGGUUCGUCAGAAGCGGUCAGGGGUCCCUUUACCUUUUUACAACUUUCCAUAGUGAGGAAGGCUGAGAACAGAUGUAGUGCGUCCUGCCUAGUCUGGUGGUAACUUCCAGGCCCUUCUUGCUUGCUUCUGUUAGGGUUCUUUAUCUUUAAACUGAACUAGGACUGGAUGGUCUUUCAGAUACAGGGCUCUGAGGGAUUGUCCUCUUUCAGCCUGUCAGACAGAGAACUGAUUUCUGUAAAGCUAAAUUCUGCAAUGAAUAUGGUGGUGGAAAUUGGUGAGUCAAAACAGUCUGCAUAAGACAUUGAUUAGCAUGGAAUCAUAGAUUUGUAGAGUUGGAAGGGACCCCAUGGGUCAUCUAGUCCAACCCCUUUCAAUGCAGAAAUCUCAGCUAAAGCUUCCAUGACAAAUGGGCAUUCAACCUCUGCUUAAAAACCUCCCAAGGAAGGAGAGUCCACAACCUCCCAAGGGAGACUUUUCCAUGGUCAAAGAGCUCUUACUGUCAGAAAGUUUUUUUCAUAUGUUUAGUGGGAGUCUCCUUUCUUGUAACUUAAAGCCAAGAUGAUAUGGGAUUUUGCCCUAGCCUGUACAGUUUACAGUUACAGGACAAUUUGUAUUCUAAACCAAAUAGUAAUAGCAACUUCAGUUUAGAAAUACAUUUUAUGAACAAUGAUUCCUUUCCCUGGCAGGGGACAUGGAAUUUCGCAUGACUCCUGGGACAAAUGUUAAGCUCUCCUUUCCAUCAUGGACAGAACGUUUUGCUCCAGUUCUGACUUUCCUAUCAAGGUUGAAGCAAAUGAAGACAUGGUGAAUUGAAACAAACAACCACACACACACACACACACACACACACACACACACGUCUUUCAUCUCCUCCUCCUAAGGUGCAAAACCGGUUCAGCCUCGUGCAGCCUUGCCCAUGUUCUCACAAACUACGUUAGCAGGACUUUCAAACUGUUUGCCAUAUGUUUUUGUAUAAACACAACGCUCUACAAGCAGAUGAUAGUUUGAGAUCCGAACAGAGCCUUGUAUGGGUGUUUGCGGCAUGUAAGCAGUGGAGGCAAAGGGCUGCUGAGCUCCACCCUGUCCCAUGAAACGUAUUUAUUCUGUGUACAGCAAACCAUGAGCUUGAGGGCAACGAUCUGAAGUAAGGAUCCUUUUCUAUGGAGGAGAUAGUUGUUCAACAGUGAAACGGUCUCCCUUGGGAGGCCGUAGUCUCUCCUUAGAGUUUUUAAAGCAGAGGUUGGAUGGCCAUGUAUUAUGGAUGCUUUAGCUGAGGUUGGGACGCGGGUGGCGCUGUGGGUUAAACCACAGAGCCUAGAACUUGCCGAUCAGAAGGUCGGCGGUUCGAAUCCCUGCAAUGGGGUGAACUCCUGUUGCUCAGUCCCUGCUCCUGCCAACCUAGCAGUUCGAAAGCGCGUCAAAGUGCAAGUAGAUAAAUAGGUACCGCUCCGGCGGGAAGGUAAAUGGCGUUUCCGUGCACUGCUCUGGUUCGCCAGAAGCGGCUCAGUCAUGCUGGCCACAUGACCCGAAGAAGAAGAAGAAGAAGAAGAAGAAGAAGAAUUUGGAUUUGAUAUCCCGCCUUUCACUCCCCUUCAGGAGUCUCAAAGCGGCUAACAAUCUUCUUUCCCUUCCUUCCCCACAACAAACACUCUGUGAGGUGAGUGGGGCUGAGAGACUUCAAAGAAGUGUGACUGGCCCAAGGUCACCCAGCAGCUGCAUGUGGAGGAGCGGAGAUGCGAACCCAGUUCCCCAGAUUACGGUGACUACCGCUCUUAACCACUACACCAUACUGGCUCUCCCAGAAGCUGUAUGCUGGCUCCCUCGGCCAAUAAAGCGAGUUGAGUGCCGCAACCCCAGAGUCGGCCAUGACUGGACCUAAUGGUCAGGGGUCCCUUUAUCUUUACCUUAGCUGAAAUUCCUGCAUUGCCGGGGAUUAGACUAGAUGACUCUGGGGGUCCCUUCCAACUCUACAAUUCUAUGAUUCUAUUGUGGUUGCUAGCAAGACAUGAUGACUAUGUUCUGUGCGACGCAGCAAUGCUUCUGAAUACCAGUUGCUGGAACCCUAGUGGUAAAACAGUGAAAUUAACUAAAUGAUAGAAUGCCCUUUUAAUAGCAUCCCCAAGCCUGCCAUUCAUUUCUUUAACUUAUACCCUGCCGUUCUUCCCAGAGGAGCACAAGUUGGCAAACAGCAAGUGAUAAAAUAAGAAAUAAAAACAAUUCUGAUACAGAUGCAGACUGGGAAAGACCAAAAGCUUUGUUGAAAGAGGAAGGUGGCGUUGAGGUCUGCUUCAUCCUCCCCAAUGGUAGGGCUGGUCCUUUGCGAAUCUUACAGAGUAGUAUUGGCCAUGGAUGAAAUAGCAGUAAGUGUAUGUUUCAUUAUGUAAUUUGGUAUAAUUACCCAUUGCACUGUAACUUCAUAUUUCAGAAUUCCAGGGCGCUUUUCACCAUAAUUAACAAGAUAGAAGAUAAUCCAAUCAAGAAUAACCCAUUGCCAGAGAAAAUUAUAGCAUAAACUCUGUUUUUCGAAGAUAGGAAUAGAUUUUUAAAAUAUGCAGCGUGUUCACAGUGGCCAAAAAUAAAACUGAAAUGGAACAACAUCUGGAUUUUUAAGGAAGUGGGAGUGGAUGGCAUUGCUGACGGUAGUUCGUAAAGUGUGCAACCAGCUUUUCUGACACCAGUUUGUCUGAAUGAGAAGAGAUAUGAUAGGAGAGUGGAGAAUAACAGGUGUGUGAAAUACUUAAAAAAAGAAAAACACUGACAGUUCAAUUCUGGAAAAUACCUCUGUCAAAGAGCCGAAAGAAAUGCUGGGGUGCAGGUUUUUACAAUGCAAACUUCAGCGAGGUGUUUGUGUAAUUAUUUGCUGGGAUCAGAGCAGAUGUGAAGGGAUUUUAACCCUUCUUUAACUCAGUCUCUUUCCCACAUCCCAUCCCAUAAUAUAAGAAGGAGCCUGUUGGAUCCCAUCAAAAUCCAGCACCGUCUAGUCCUCCCAGUGGAGUGUUUUCUACUUUUCUACCCACCAAAUGAAAUUUCCACAGAAUCCUGAAAUAAAGGGAGGGGGAGAGAAGAAAGAGAAUAUCUGUGCGAUUUUGCCUCUACGAAUGAUUUGAAAAUCGGAGUAGGUAAACUCAUAACUUGAGCAAUUUAAAGCUUGGCAACCUCCAGGAAUAAAAGAACACAAGGUGAAGUUAUUUUUCAAUUAAAUUAGGCUUUACUGUUCUAAUCCAGUAAAACAAGAGGGGCUAUUUUUAGUAACUAACAUCAUUUUAUUAAGUGGUAGCCAAAUCCAAUGCAAACUCAGGAGGCUUUUUUGUUGUUUUUGUUUAAAGUACUACUCAAUUGAAGAAGCAAAUUCCCCGCCCCCUCUCAGAUCCCUUGGGUAGUACAAAAUGGUGGAUGCUGGUCUUGCAAACAGCAGAAAAAGUUGUUGGAUUUCGCUCAACUAAAAAGAAAGAAAGAUAAAAUCUAGAACUCUACUGCACUCCUAAAGAACAGAUAGAUCAGUUUUAGAGGCCUCGCUUAAAAACUGGAAGAAGGCAAUUGCCUAGCAGCAUGAUCUGGUUAAACAAAUCUCCCUUAAAUGUGUGGUGUUGCACACCCUUAAUGGCUUGGCCAGAUGCAAGUCCACUCUGGAAGAAGGUGUGGAUUCAUCUGGUGAGCUCCAGAAGUUCUGACUUGAGCCAGAGAUGAUUCUGCUUAGCCUCAGUAAUGUUCCCAUAAAGCCAGUAACUAUUGCACAGCCUUUUUCAGACUAUUAAUACUCUGUCCUCUCUAAUUCUGUUUGCUUUCACGGUCUUUCCACUAUCUCCAAGGAUUUGGAUUGCACUGGCUGAAUUUAGUAUGUUUUAGUCACAUCACAACCUUGAGAAGAGCCUCAAAUGAACUGAGCCAUUGUUAAUUUCCUGUUGGUUGUGACAAGUAUAUAUUUUAAAAGGUAUUGAAGGGCAGAAGCAACUGUAAUAUAAAAGGGACUCCCAGUCUCUCCAGCCCUCCCCCUGCCUAGCUGAAAUAUACUCGGAGUCGAGAGUGGAUUUUGUGCUCUUUAUUCAGCUCAUAGUGGUGAGGAGGAAUGGAAGUUCCCCCAGAAUGUCUGCUUUAUAUGCAUUAUUUACACAAUGGGCCCCACGUGAUUGGCUAAUUCCGGGAUUCACCUGUAGGCCAAUCAGGUUGCGGAUUCACUUCCACCUGGAGCUGGAUUGGGUGGCUCCUGCGGACCAAUCACUUUGCUGAAUUCUGGAUCCUAUUGUUCUAGGACCAGUCAGACUGCUGCAUUCUGGAUCCUAUUGUUCUAGGGCCAAUCCGACUGCUGCAUUCUGAAUCCUAUUGUUCUAGGACCAAUCAGACUACUGCAUUUUGGAUCCUAUUCAACAGUCCAUAACACUAGCCUUCCUCCUACUAUUGCAGUUUGAUAGUUGGAUGCACAUUGUUGAGAGACAGUGGAGUGUGCCUCCGGGGGUGAAGUCAUAAUGGCUGUGUUAGCAGCACCAAAGUGACCUUCCUGGGGCGCAAGCCUGGGCAGUGUGUAUGGGGGUCCUGGGCUGCCCACACAACAAGACCCCCCCUCGGUCUCGCUGAUGUUGUCCAAAAGAAAGCAGAGUAAUAUGUUUGGUACCAGCGUGGCUGCAGGAGUUGCCGGAAAGCAGCUUACAAGGUGCCGUCUUAGGGACUCCAAAUUUCUGUAGCGUUUACUCCUUAGCCUUUUCUUCUCCCAAAGAUAUCCUGCAAGGCAGCAGAGGUUUAGGAUCAGAGUUUUUCUUCUCCUAGAUGGGCUACCUUUCCAGGUUGAUGAGCCCCAUCUGCCCCCAUCACUUCCCUCUACAGCAUGUGCAGAAACCGCCUUCUUGACCGUUGGUCCCACUAUUGGUCUUGCCCACUCAAUGUGCCAGAGCCUGGUUUUGCAUGCUUUAGUCAUCUUGUCCACAUUGCUUGUAAAAUUCAUUUGCCACUUGCUGCUUCUCUUUCCACACAAACCAUCCUUGCCUUCUAAGCAAGAUGGGCAGCUUUUAAGCCUUGCUUCCUGGGCUCCGGAAUGCUUUUGCAAGAGCUCACAAUCCCUGAAGAUCUUGUGAGAGUGUCCCAGAGCCUGGUAAGCAAGGCAGAUAGCUUAAAAGCUCUUUCUGCACCAGAAAAACCUGGUGCAAAAGGAGCUCUUAAGCUUUCUGCUUUGCAUGCAAUUAAUUUGCGGGGUUUCAACUGGCCGGUUUUCUUUUUUUUAAAAAAAGAAAUAAUAUUUUUAUUAAUUUUACAACAACUAAACAUCACAUGAAAAAGAAAAACCAUACAUCAAAACCUUAAAACAACUCUAUAGACAAUCCACAUUGAAUCCAAAACCUGGGAUUACUAGAAUUACUUCCCUCCACCCCUACCCGGUUCCCUUGUUCUAUGUUGUUCAUGCAUGUCCAUAAAUUCAACUGGCCGGCUUUCAAGUGCAUAAGGUUGAAAUUGCACAAGUUGUUGUUGUUGUUUUAUUUUUAUUUGCAUUUUCAAAAACAGGAACAGAGCACAAAUUAUUUGCACGCAAGAUGCAAUCGUACUUCAUUCAAAACUGAUCCAGUGAUCUGGGAUGUGUUUGUGUGUGUGUAGGAAGGAUUUUUUUAUAACAUAUAACAGGUAUUAUAUGCUGGCAGUAGUUUGCUCCCACAAGCAAUCUAGCUACUGUGUUCUGCACUGACUGCAACCUCCAGACCAACCUCAAGCGUAGCCCCAACACAACCCUUUCCUGUCCCAUACUGUUCAUUUCCUCGCUACCCUGCUCUGAUUUUUGUUAACUAGUUAAUCUGAGUUGCAGCACCUGCAUGCAAAGCUCAGUGGGUUAGAGCCUGGUGCUGAUAACUCCGUGGUUGCAGGUUCGAUCUUCAUAUGGGACAGCUGCAUAUUCCUUCAUUGCAAGGGGGACCUCAGGGUCCCUUCCAACUCUGUGAAUCUCAGACUGGGUUAACUUUUGCUGCUGACUCAGUUUGCAUCAUCUUGCAGAGGCAUACCAUGGGAACAUGACCUGGGUGCGCCGGGGCUCUAGAAUGCCAAUGAGCCAUUGUCACGUCUUUACACACAAAUGCUGAAGGGGUUCUGGAGUCCCGAGUGCACAGGGAGAACGAGCAACGACUGGUCUCGGUGUGCUGCUUCAAACUUGAGUUGAGAGUAAGAGUUAAGCCUAGUUUCGAAGUCAGCUGCCUGGUGAUCAUUUCUCCUCUUGAGUUCCUGUUGUCUUUAUUGAGCCUGGAACUCUUGGAAGGUUAAAACUGAAACCAGACUGUUCUCUCUCUCUCUCUUUUUACUGUUUAUAUUACUGAGUUCUAGCAAACAUGACUUCUUUCUGGCAUGGUGCCGUGGAUUGGUGAACAGGCCUAGCCGUGUGUUGUAUGUAAUUAUGAGAUUUAUAAUCCUGUUACUGCUCUCUGGAUGCCCAGAAAAAGCCAACACAGAUUCAGUAAACCAUAUGUAUGUGAGCAGACAUCUUAAGACUUGGACAGAUUUUUCUUUCUUCCUUUUUGACUGCUGCUUUUCACAAGGAUAGGUGCAAAAAGAACAUGUUUCAUUGGGUUUUUGGAAAUGGUAUUACAUUUAUGGGGCCUCUGUGAGCCAGGGAGAUUGAAAUGGUUCGUAUUGGGAGUCCUGCAAUAAAAAGGGGGCAAGUAGCGAGAGACAUGUGAAUCAAAUGUGGCCCAAUGAUGCUGGGAACAUCCUCUGGUGUUCUUCGGCAAGUGUCCUUAAUGUUAUUUUUGUAGAUUGCAUGACAUAUAAGUCCACAGUUGCACCGGAAGCCAAACCUUACUUCUUCUAAGCAGAUUCACUUUGUUAAAUAGGUGCUUCCCCGUUUUAAUAAACUGAGUUUCUUUAUAUCUUUCCUUUCUAGUGGAAAGGGAAAAUGUGCAGAAAAGGACUUUUACCCGUUGGAUAAAUCUACAUUUGGAAAAGGUAAGCCUGCUGAACAAAUUAGCCCAUUCAAAUAUUAUAGACACACCUUUCUAUCUUGGCUUUUGGCAUUUUGGAUGUACAGUGGUACCUCAGGUUACAUACGCUUCAGGUUACAUACGGUUCAGGUUACAGACUCCCCUAACCCAGAAAUAGUACCUCGGGUUAAGAACUUUGCUUCAGGAUGAGAACAGAAAUCGUAUUCUGGUGGUGCGGCGGCAGCGGGAGGCCCCAUUAGCUAAAGUGGUGCUUCAGGUUAAGAACAGUUUCAGGUUAAGAACGGACCUCCAGAACGAAGUAAGUAUGUAACCAGAGGUACCACUGUAUAUUUUUGGGACCCACCUUAUCUCUGUGAUUUUAAGUUGUUUAAAACUGUUUUGAAUAUAAUGUUUUAAUUGUUGUAACCUGCCCUGGGACCUUAGGAUGAAGGGCAGAUAAAUAACAACAGCAAUAACAAACCAACAAUCAUUUUUUUAAAUUGCAGUUAUUGAAAAGUAGAUGAGAAAGGAUAGGGGUUUAUAUUAUUCCUUAAAUAUUUAUUAUCUGAUGAUACAUUUGCAGGUGGUCUGGAUGACCAUUGGGGUCCUUUCCAACUGAGUGCCUAUCAUGGACUGGUUGGACACAGAGAAGUGGUGGGAGGAACCAGCUGGGAAACCCCCAAAGGAAGAAGACUCAGAGCCUGGGGAUUGGUGGUGGAACGAUGAUGAGUGCUCAGAGGGAGAAGACUGGGAGGAGGAGGUGUUGGAAGCUGAAGAGGUGACAGGGCUUAGUGAACAGGGAGAGUUUGUGGCAGAGAGAAGUUCAGAAUCAGAAGCUUCAUCAGGCUAGUGAAAGAAGAGAGGUGAAGAGGCAGAGAUGAGUCAUGCUGGUGAAGAGUCAUGGGUGUCUCCACUUUCCCCAUGACUCCCAGAACCAGAAGAAGCAUGAAAUGGGAGGAACAAAAACAGGCAUACAGGCAUAGUCUCUGAUUGCUUGUCCUGAAGCAAUGAAGACAUAGACAACCGUGGGGAGGGGGGACCUUCAGUCUUGGCAACUGAUUUCAUGGAGUAAGACCUACAGGGAAUGAGCUUCUGUGCUCUUUAGGUCUGACACUCCGCUAAGUCUAUGAAGACAGUUUUUGCAAAUAACGAGUUGACUCCCAAUUUUGAACUGUGUGAUUUACUGUUUAGCUCGCCCUGUGACAGAGCCCAAGGUCACCUUUCUCAAUCCUGUACCCCUUUCUUUCUUCACAGUGCAGCCCCCCUCUGGAAGUGAAAGAUUUGUUGGUUGAUGUUAAAGAUGGCAAAAUUUUGAUGGCUCUGCUGGAAGUUCUCUCUGGGCAAAAUCUGGUAGGUGUAAACCUUCAUUAACAGCCUCUGUCUGACAUGGCUCUCAGCCAGGCCUUGAUCUGGACAAGUGUCCCCUGUGGCUUCCCCUUCCAUCUGUGUGGCCUUGUGUUCAGCUAGCUGGCCUCUUUGGUGGUUGCUCCAGCCCGGCUGUCCUGCUCCUAUGGGGCUAGGGCAGAAAUGGUGGGUCACUGACCUAGCCAGGAGCCCAGGCAGUUGGUGCAGGGGGACGCCAGUCCUGUGAAAGGGAUGAGGUCUGGAUCCAAUGGCUCUUCAUGGCCAAUGACAGUGUGAGGUUUGCAGGCGGUGGGUGAUUAAAGUUCCCCUGCUCAUCCUCUGAUGAUACCUCCAGUCUGAGGUCCAGGCAGAGCUGAACACUCACAGUUACUGCUUUCCCAGCAUCUGUGAUAAAAUUGAGCCUUUUCAACACCCAAGGACCACAUCAGAAAUAUAUCUUGAGGUGGGCACCUGCAGCCAGUCUGUAUAUCCUAGUUGCAUGUGGUUCAUAGAAAGUACGUGGACGCAGCCAGUGUUGGCAAUUAUAUUAUAACUGCAGUCAUAGAAUCAUAGAAUUGCAGAGACUGAAGGGACCCUGAGGGUCAUCUAGUCCAACCCCCUGCAAUGUAAGAAUCUCAACUGAAGCAUUCAUGACAGGUGGCCAGACAACCUCUGCUUAAAAACCUCCAAGGAAAGAAAGUCACCAUCAUCUUCUGACGGAGUCUGUUCCACUGUUGAACAAGCUGUUGCUGUCAGAAGGUUCUUCCUGAAGUUGAGUCAGAAUCUCCUUUCUUGUAACUUGAAGCCAUUGGUUCGAGUCCUACCCUCCAGAGCAGGAGAAAACAAGCUUGCUCCAUCUUCCAUGUGACAAGAUGGCUAUCAUAUAUCCUCCCAGUUUUCCAGGCUAAACAUACCCAACCUCCUCAAACGUUCCUCAUAAGGCUUGGUUUCCAGACCCUUGAUCACCUCGGUCACUCUCCUCUGCAAAAGUUCCAGCUUGUCUUACUGGUGUUUACUUCCUGAUAGAUGUGCUCAGAAUUAGCUCAGUAGAGUCUGCGCUGUCUGGCAAUGGCUUUCCAGGGUUUUAGGCAGUGGGUUUGAAACUGGGACCUUCUGCUUGCAAAGCAGAUGCCACAGCCUUUCCCCCUUCAAUAAUAACAUUUUAAAAGGCACUAAGUGGCUUACUUUCCUCCUUUUUUUAGCUGCAUGAAUACAAGCCCUCAACCCAUCGUAUUUUUCGACUGAACAAUAUCGCAAAAGCCCUCAAGUUUUUGGAGGACAGCAAUGUAAGUAAUUCAAAAGCUGCUGAAUUGUUUUUCACUUCCCGCAGUACAAUAUAUUCCUCCAAAAUGAGGAAUGUGUAAGCUGAAGGAAUUAUGUUUUGUUUAAAGUUGUGUCUGAAAGGCUGCAUACAGUAUGCACAAGGAGGGGUUCCUCUCAACACAAAUUAUUAUUUUAAUGUCGUAAUGUUCAACUGGAUUAAAGGAUCAAGAGGCCAAUAUUAAAAGAAAAUAAAAGAAAUGCCUGUGUUCAGCAACCUUUAAGCAGCUGGGCUCAAGUUGCUCUGAAGAUUGGUGAUUUGAGUCAUCUGACUUUUCCUUCCCUCCCCCCCAAAAAAUGCUUUCAGCAUCACAAGUUCUAUAUUUCUCUGUCCAAUUUAUAGCAAGAGAUCGUUUGAGCUUUGUUCAAAGAAAGAUGGAAACUGUUACUCUAGAAUUCUGCAAGGUCUGGGGUUGAACACUGUGUAACUAUGUGGGGGGGAUGCCACCCCACACUAGUGUUGCUGUGCAGGCUGCCUUUGCAUCAAGUGCAGAAGGAGGGGUGUAGAAAGCUGCCUUAUACUGGAUCAGAAGAUUGGUCCAUGUCACUCAGCAUUGCCAGAGGCUGCCCGGGAUUGGGUUAUCUCCCAGCACCAACUGGAGAAGCCAAGGAUUGAACCUACAACCUUCUGCAUGAAAGCAUGCACCCUGCCACUGAGCUAUGGCCUUUCCCCUAAGCAUGACUCACACCCAUUUUGGAGUCUUAUGUGAAGGUGAGGAGAUGGAUAAAGUUCCCUGUCAAGGCUGGGCGAUGGGCAGCGAUAUAAAGCAAGUCAGGAAUCAGAUGCCAUGAGAACCACAUCAGCAGAGAAGCACCUCUGCCAUCGGGGCCAAAUUGGGUGAGAUCUUGCCUGAAAUCAGCAUGAUCCCACCUGAAAUCAGUGCUGAUGGUGGUGGUGGUGGUGGUGGCAGGAGUGACAGGGUGGCUCUUCCUGUUUCACCUCAAGCAGUUAAACACCACCACUGCAUAUACCAAGUCUGGUAGUUGGCCCAGCUAGCUCAGCAUUGUGAUAGCCAACAUUGUUCUUUCUGUAUGUUUUUUGACUACAGCUCCCAUCAUCCCCAGCCAAAUGGCCAGAGAUGAUGGGAGUUGUGAUCCAACAAGCUCUGGAAGACACGUUGGCUGUCCCUGGUCUACACUGACAAGCAGAAGGUGUCGGGGAUUGGACCCGCAAAGCAGAUGCUCUGUCACUUAGCUGUGGCCCUAUAAAUCACCACCCAGCCUCACAGCAGCGUCUCUGCUAGGCCGUUGUUGCUUUGCUCCAUUAUCACUGGAUUCUGCAUGUGCUGCUGACAUCACACUUCACACGCUCAUGCUAGCCCUGUUGCCAGGGGCCUUGGUAUGUCAUAGUAAGGUGCCUUGCCUUGCUUUAAAAGCUUAUGUAAGGUGAAACACUCCUUUAGGCACACACUGAACUUUUCGGAGGCCAGAUGGACUGAUUUGGUCUCUGCGUCUAGCCCUUUCCAAGGGUCUUCACAAUCUCAUUCUUGUAAGUCAUGCUUAGUUGGAAAGAAUGUAGAAGAGUUAUUCACAUGUGGUGGUGAAACCAGGGCCACCAGGUCUCGAAUCCAAGGACUUGCAACAGCUGUGUGACUUAAGAGAAGUCCAGCGCUGGCAAAAUCUAACCAGCUUCCCAUUUAUAGGCUGUUUUAAAUUCCAACACAGGACCCACCUUGGGCAGUAGGCUUGGUCUAAUGACGAAGGUUUUGUGGAAGAAUGGAAACACUUUUAAAUUUAAAUUUCAUUUAAUUUAAAGAAAUAUUAUAUGAUGAACACAUGAGCACGAUUUGAACUAUGAGCAACAGAAGGGAUUAGAAGUUAUGGUAUUCUUGUUAAGGUUUAAGAGAUAAAAGACAGUGCAACAGAGGGAAAGAAACAGAAACACCAUGGGAAUGGGGCUGGGAAGUUUUUUGGGGGGAGUUUUUAUUAUGUAUUGAAAUGUAUGUAUGAAAUUUUGGAAAACUUCAGAAAAAAAUGAGAAGUCAGGCUUAGGACUGGAAGAGAUGGGCUCCAAAUUCCCCACAAUAAUUGCCCAUCUUCAGCAUGGGAAUAAGAGUGAUCCACCUCUUGUGGGUGUUGCCGCAAGAACCAAACAAAGAGAUGGGUGGUUAUAUACUUUGCACACUGUAAGUGCUACAGUGGGAUAGAGAUGAGCUUAAAUAACCACUCACCGGGUCUGGCGGUGGGCGAAGUUUGCGGCCCAGCGCACAAGAUAAAAUGAACACGGCUAUUUUCAAUAUGACUCUGUGUAUUGCGGGCUGAGUGAUUAAACAUCUGGACAUUAAAAUGUGCAAGCUGGAAUUGUUUAGAGCUGACAACGUGCACCAUUGGGAAAUGAACACUGGUUGUGGGAGGUGAAGCAGGGCCUUGAGGAAUGGUUGGUGAGGACAUAAGGUGUGGCUUUCAGCUGUAGGUAGUCGUGGCGGGAAGGUGGCAGUUUCGCAGUCUUGGGUGGCAGUUUUAGGCCUUGGGCAGAAUCCUUUAGUCCAACAAUCGAGGAAGGGAUGUUGCGGUGACUCACCCCUUUCUGCGGCAGCGAUAUCAGGGUUCCGUGUUAGAGGGGUCCUGAGGGGAGUCUCUGACCACAAGCGCUCAGCAGUGGAGCAUAGAGCUUCCCUCAGCAGUGCAGGGAGGGGGGCAGCUGUGUAAACGCACGUUUUGCAGUGUCCCCAUAUUCCCGAUUAACCCUGUCUUGCCUCAGGCCCCCAGCUGGUGGCUGAGAGGGAUAUACCCCCUAUGCCUAAGCCAAGGUUUCCUACAUCUGAAAUUCAAUAAAGUUGUGGCCAUUUUAAUCCCAAAAUACGUUGUCAUGUGUUUUCCUUGGUCUGAGGUCUGGCUCCCGGAGGGGGGUGGGACUGUGCCUGGGCACGCAAACAACCCCCCCCCCAAAAAAAAACCCCCAGCCUAAAAUUUAUCCAUGAGCAUCAAACAUGGUGCCCUCCCCAUGUUGCUGACUCUUGUCAUCUCUCACCAUUGGCCAUGUUGACUGCAACUGGCAAGAUUUGUAGGCCGGAACAUCUGAAGGUGCCAUGUUGCCUAAUCCUGCUCCAGCCCAUGUGCUGCCUUUGUGGCCUUCCCUCUGAGGAAUGAUAUGACGUUGGUGACAUCUUACCAGGACUGAACCAUUGUUGCAGUUGAGCCACGGGUUAAAAGGUUUCCCUCUUGAUCUCAAGCCGGUUUAACCAAAUUUGAAAAGUCAGGGCAGGGCAGGGAAAUGUUGUUACCAUUCCCUUGGCAAUGGAGAGCCAGCAGUUUAAAUAUUAAACCACCAUGAAAGAGGUGGGAAGGGACAGCCAUGGUGUAUAGUUAAUGCAGAACUGGAGAGGAAUUGUGACAGGUGGGGAGAGGCUCAAUAUUCUUACUGUCAGUGUUUCAGAAAGGUCUGAGGCCCUGUAUUGCAAUGCAAGGGUUUAACGCUGUCAUGGGCAGCCUGGGGAUUUCUCUCUUUUCUGCUCUGCCAUCCUGCUUGCAAUGAAUGAACAAGAGAAGAGAGUGUGUCCUUUGAAGGAGAAACAUAAGCUGGUCCUUGUCAUAUGGAUUAAACCUCUCUGUGGGAACUCUGGGUCCUGUCAUGGCUUCAAACCCAGAAUCCUUGGUAACUUGAUAGGAAUGUAGGAAGCUGCCUUUAUACAGAGACCACUGGUCCAUGUAGCUCAAUAUUGCCUGCACUGACAACAGCAGUGCUUCAAGGGUCUCCCAGCCCUACCUGAAGAUGCCGGGGAUUGAACCUGCGACCUUCUGCAUGCAAAGCAGAUGUUCUGCCACAGAGCUACGGCCCUUCCCCAGAUCGUGCUCAACAAGCAUUUAAAAGUGGAGAAAGCAUCUGUAGUGAUAGUUGAGCCUCCCAAGAUAGUGGAGAGGUGUUUCUCUGCCCAGUUAGUAUUAGAGUGGCAUUCUGUUCCCCUUUCCUAUCACCUCAAAAGCUCAGAUGGCACCUUAGAGCAGGGGUCAGCAAACUUUUCCGGCAGGGGGCCGGUCCUCUGUCCCUCAGACCUUGUGGGGGGCCAGACUAUAUUGGGGGGGGGGGGAAUGAACAAAUUCCUAUGCCCCACAGAUAACCCAGAGAUGCAUUUUACAUAAAAGCACACAUUCCAUUCAUGUAAAAACACACUGAUUCCCGGACCAUCCGCGGGCUGGAUUUAGAAGGUGAUUGGGCCGGAUCCGGCCCCUGGGCCUUAGUUUGCCUACCCAUGCCUUAGGCAGUGGUUCUCGACCUGUGGGUCCCCAGUUGUUGUUGGACUACAUCUCCCAUCAUCCCUGAGGUCUGGCCUUGCUAGCUAGGGGUGAUGGGAGUUGUAGUUCAACACCAUCUGGAAACCCACAGGUUGAGAAAGGCUGCCUUAGAGGAAUAAUGCCCCUCUCCGAACCACACGUGCUGCACGUCAGCAGGCUGUCUGCCAAGAUGGACCUGAUAAAUCUGACUUCAGCAGAACAAUGACAGCAGAUUAUGUAGCUGCAAAUAUGCAUAAUAUAAUCAAGUAAAUACUUCAUCACAAGGGCAUUAAGAAUAAUGUAACUGAGGGUCAAACUAGUUACAUGAGUGCAUAGCAGCCAUGUGACUUCUUUCUUUCUUUCUUUCUUUCUUUCUUUCUUUCUCCCUCCCCCCAUUAAGAAAACGGUCCUCCCUUCAGUGAGCCACUAUCUUGCAACCAUAUCGCGUGAACUAGAUACACGUAGAAGCAAGCAAUCCAGCUUUAUAGAUUGCAAGCCAAAACCUCGCCCAGUAUAAGUGCAAAAUGCAACUCCCUGUUCCCUGGCCUUUAGAUGUGACACAUGUGCAUUCUGUAAUUAAAACUGCACUUGAGUGCAUUUGUCUACCUGUUUUUAAACGUCUUUUAAAACCUGCAACCCCCUUUUCUGUAGGUGAAGCUGGUUAGCAUUGAUGCAGCUGAAAUAGCAGAUGGAAACUCUUCCAUGGUCCUGGGCCUGAUAUGGAACAUAAUACUGUUUUUUCAGGUAAGGAGCAAAUGGUAAUGUUGUUACACUUUGGCUUUUCCGUUAAACUUUUCAUCGGAAUACGGAUUUGUUAUGUCUAAAGGCUAGGAAUGAAACAGAUUCGUUUCUCCCAUGUACCUCAUUUUGUGUCGGGUCUUCAUUUUUCUUGCAUUAAAGACUCCGUAAAAUGUAUGAGCAAACCUGGAUAAACCGAAAUAGAUGAGACACCUGGGCGUCACUGCACUUUACUCCCCCCACCUUGCAAACCCCUCAGUCCACUUCAUUGCCCUUGCAAAUGGAUUUCUGCCUCAAAGUACUUGAGUCCAGCCUGCCUUGUGUGCAUGUGGCUGCUGGCCAGAACCCAGAUCAGAAGAUCUUGUUUUCUAUUUUUGUGCUGAAAACGCUUGAAUGCUGCUUUGUGCAUUUUUAGCAACAUGGGUCUUGAGACCUGAGUCCUGAAACGAGGCUUUAAAGCCCUUUAAUAUGCAUUACUUGCAUUGCUUCCAUGUACUAAGAUGAAAUCUGAUACGGAUUUCAACGAUCUGGGAGCCUUGAAAUGCCAAGAAUUGAAUGCAGCCAGUGAACUUGACCAUUCUCAAAAGUCUGGUGCAGAUGUAACCUAGUUCAAUCUCUUUAAUCAUGGAUAAGAGCAGACAAUGGGCUAGUGUAUUACCCCUCUAACUACCCACCCACACCCACCUCUCCUUCCCUGGGCAAAUUUUGAGGGAGGUGCAAUAUGGAGGCUCCUUCAUUGAGUCUGCAGCCAUUACACACACACACACUUUCCCCCCUCUACACCAGCUUUACACCCAAAUUAGGCUCCUCUCCAUGAAGCGCUUAGCUUAGGAUCCAAUAGAUCCAUAGCCAGCACAGUUCUGCUCUCACCCUAAGCCUGACAUGUCUCAUUUCAGGGUCCCCUUGUUGGCUACCAUAUCUUGCCCGCCCUCUGCAAGAUCCUUUGCAGUAGGGUUGGGUGAUAAUCAGGUUUUCAGCAUUGUGAUAUAUCACCAGCUAAACAUUGCGAUAUACUGAUAUAUCACGAUGUCUGAAAUAAGGAUGGAGCUAUCUAGGGGCAUGGUUUUCCCCUCACCAUGAUUUCUGCCAGCACCUGAUCUUGUGAUUCGCUGCCCCCUGCCUCAGGCAGGGGAGAGCUUUGUCAGCAGAAUUAACAGGCACUACCGGGAUCAAUAGAAGCACUGGCUGGCUUCAUAGUUUUCCCCACAUUGUGAUUUUUGCAUCUCUCUCUCUCUCUCUCUCUCUCUCUCUCUCUCACACCCACACACACACACACACACACACACACACGAUUGGCGAUAUGUUGUCAGGUCAAUAGUUAUGAAUCCGAUACGACAAUGUGGACUUCAAAUCGAUUUGGGACAAUAAAUCGAUAUAUUGCCUAGCCCUACUCUGCUGUGAUGCUGCCCCCUGUUGGCAGAGCCAGGCAGAGGGCUAGUAAAAGGUAAAGGGACCCCUGACCAUUAGGUCCAGUCGUGACCAACUCUGGGGUUGCGGCGCUCAUCUUGCUUUAUUGGCCAAGGGAGCCAGUGUACAGCCGGGUCAUGUGGCCAGCAUGACUAAGCUGCUUCUGGCGAACCAGAGCAGCGCACGGAAAUGCCAUUUACCUUCCUGCCGGAGCGGUACCUAUUUAUCUACUUGCACUUAGACGUGCCUUCGAACUGCUAGGUUGGCAGGAGCUGGGACCGAGCAACGGAGCUCACCCCGUUGCGGGGAUUCGAACCGCCAACCUUCUGAUCGGCAAGUCCUAGGCUCUGUGGUUUAACCCACAGCGCCUUCCGCGUCCCUAGGCAGAGGGCUACUUCACUGAAUUCUAGCCACCCUCCCCAGCACUACUACUUGGGAGGUUAGGAUUGUGCUCUAGGCUCAUAUCCAAACAUGUUGAUAUUUUCUCUUACUACUGAUUAGUGUAGGGAGUGAGCGGGGGGCAGACAGUAAAAUUGGUUAAAGCCAGAACCCCUGUAGAUUAUGAACAAUGCUGGGAUUUUUCAAAGUCACUUACAUGCUAGCUGUCAAAUUCAAGGAGCACCUGACUAAUAAUGUGAUUCAAUUCCAGAAGCAAAUAACAAAAAACGAAAAGGGAAAUGCAUGGAGUGAUUCAUAGCAAACAGCUGUCUUUUUGACUGCUUUGUGGGGAAGUUGCGAAAAAUGAAAUCCUGUGUGAAUAUGUCACCCUAAUAAUGAUAACAACCCUGAUUUCAGGAUUAAAUCAUUUUAAUCCCCAAAGGAGGCUGAUUAUUAGGCUAUAAUGACAUUUGUCGUUGUAUAAUAAUAUUACAAAAAUUUAUUAGGAGGUAACCCUGAUCUCUGGCUUUUAGCACCAUGCUGAAUUCCUUGUUAUUAUCUUCAGGAGACGUUUGUAGAUUGGGUUGUAGGUGGCUCUUUAGUAGAAAACGCCCCAGUUGUGCCAGGCAUGGCACCCCAUUUUUCCCAAGCCACUUGAUUCUCACUGUCCUCCUCUAACACUGUUCCUGAGGGUAGUACGCAAGGAUAAUCUGAAAAAACCGGGCAGUCUAAUUUGUGCAGUGAAAUAGGGCUUUCAAAAUCAUCAUUGGAUGCAAUCCUAUACCCUUUCACAAAAUCAUCCCACUUCUUGUUCUUUUACUGUAUUGCUGCUGCUUCUUUGGCGAGCACUUGUAGCCGAGUAAGAUUGUCUUCCAUGAAAACAGUCUUAACCGUGAGUCUGUAAGUGGUGGCCAAUUCUGGAUCCACAUGUCUUUCCACAGUGGGGACAUAGGUUUCCAGGUGGGAGUUGAUCACGGUGAGGGUUUGCCAAGCGUGCCUUCCUCUUCGCUUGUUUUUCCUUUUCACCCUGAGUUUGUGCUUCUUCAAAGUCCAUGGCUGCUAUGGUAAAGGCUGUUCUCCAAUUGGAGCGCUUGCAGGCCAGUGUUUCCCAGUUAUAAGUGCUUAUGCUACAUUUUAAGAGAUUUGCCCUGAGAACAUCUUUAAACCUCUUUUGUUGUUCAGCAGUAUUUCACUUUCAAUUCUUGAGUUGGGAAUAGAGUAGUUGUUUUAGAAGAUGGUAAUCAGGUAUCUAAACAUGACCAGUCCAACGAAGUUGAUGUUGAAGAAUCAUUGCUUCAACACUGGUGAUCUUUGCUUCUUCUAGUACACUGACAUUUGUUUGCCUGUCUUCCCAAGAGAUGUGUAAUUUUUUCCAGAGACAUUGUUGAUAGAAUCUUUCGAGGAGUUGGAGAUAGGGUUUAUAAGUGGUCCAUGGUUUGCAAACAUACAGUAAAGUUGGUAGUACAAUGGCUUUGUAAAUGAGCAUUUUGGUUUCUCUGUGAACGUCCUGGUCCUCAAACACUUGUUGCUUCAAUCAGGAGAAAGUUGAGCUUGCAGAACUCAGGCGAUGCUGGAUUUUGGCAUCAAAGUUGGCCCUUGUGGAAAGAUAACUGCUCGGGUAGGAAAAGUGGUCAACAUUUUCCAACGUUACACCAUUAAGUUGAACCAUUUCCCUGUUACUCAGGGAAGGUGUGGACUGUUGGGUUAUCAUGCUCUAUAGAAUGGCCACAAGCAAGCACCUUGUUUCCUGUGCCUUGGGAUCUGGAUAUCACCUUUUGAGAGCCUUCAGAAUUUAAGGAAGGACACUGGGCCAUUUCAGGAGACUGGUUACUGUAAUUCCUAAACUAGACCUCGAUGGCCUAUGGGAGAGCCCAUCAAAGUGUGCCAAGUUCCUCCUAGUAUUUUUAAAGCUUUUAAAGUGUGAAAUUGAUUUCUGAAAACUCCUGGAAUAGUUUUUUCCUGCUUAAAAGGCCAGAGAUCAAACAACGAGUGCCCAAACCAUUUAAAAUAGACACAUUGGAGGUUUUUAAACAGGUUGGAUAUCCAUCUGUCAUGGAUGCUUUAGCUGAGAUUCCUGCAUAGCAGAGGGUUGAGCUAGAUGACCCCUGGGGUCCCUUCCAACUCAUAAGAGUCUAUGAUUCUUUGAAAAGCAUUGACAUGGUCCUGAGCUUCCUUGAAAAACUAUGACAUCUCCAUACAGGGGCAUUGUUGGUGCAAACAGGUACAGUAUAAAAGCACAGUACUAGUGAAGCCCUAUUCAUCUGCCGACCUCAUUUGCCCAGAGACACUUGUUUCAGUUUUAAUAUCGGGCAAGGUAGAGGGCACAAUCCACAUACAGUACUUGGCCUAGAAAAUCUUGGCAUUCCACUGCUGAGGGUUACUUUGAUGGCCAACCUUCCCCUUCCCUCUGAAAGUCUGUCUAACUUUGCACCUCUACUUACAAAUUAACGUAUGUCAUUGUUAUUCACAUUUGCAUCAUGGCCCUGUGCCUCAAGUCUUUUGAGGGCCUAGCAAUGCCCUCUCCUCUGUGUAAAGCCUACCAUCCCCUUCUAGGGAAUUUGAAAGCUCCUAGAGAGUGUCAGGUGAAGAAUCCAAAUUUCAGAUUUGGGUCAGAAGAAGAGGAAUCGCAAGUGGAGAGAGUGCUGUUGUGCUCAUGUCGUGUUUGUGGACUUCCCACAGGCAUCUGGUUGGCCACUGAGAAGACAGGAUGGACACCUGGAAUUCAUCAUCCCCAAACAUCCUAGCAGAUGUAGUCAGUCACCUAACAAAAUCCAGCUUGAACACUUAAAAUCUUUUAUUCCCCCUUCCCCCACAAGAAGGCCAAAUCCAAUUGGCAUCAUGAGCAUCUCUUAUGUCACCCUCUUAGCCACACAAUUCCCAUCCAAAAAUUUCCGACAUUGCUUAACAAAGGGCCAAAGUAGACAUGAUGAUAAUCGCACAGCUGGUAGCUUGUGUGAUUGUUCUUUGUUCAGUUAAAUAGCAACCACACUCAUGGGCUAGUGUGUGUGUAUGUGUGUGUCCAGAUUAGGACUGCAGCUGGUGAUAGGUGGAGAGAAGGGAAUUUACCCUUUGCUGCCACCAGGGUCCCAAUCCAAAUUCAACUGACCCCCUGGCAGCUACCAUUUACUAAACAAAGGACAAUCAUGCUUAAUGCCAGCUGUGUCAUUGUAGCCGCCUCUAGAUUGACCCAGACUCUGUUUCUUUAAAAGUGAGCCAAUUUUUCAAAAACAGGAAAGCAGAUCCUCCCAAGUCAGCAAACCCAGCAGGACAGCUCUCCUACCCCCAACUCUGCCCCUUAAAUUGGAGAAGCUCUAGAUGUUGCUGGACUCGUAUCUCCCAUCAUCCUUGACCACUAGCCAUGCUGGCUGAGGAGUCCAACCACCUCUGGAGGGCCACAGGGUCUCCACUCCUGCCCUAUGUGCUCAUACAUAACCUGUAUUUUAGUGUUUUGUUGGAAGCUGCCCAGAGUGGCUGGUGAAGCCCAGCCAGAUGGGCGGGGUAUAAAUAAUAAAAUAAUAUUAUUAUUAAAGAAUAGAAUUGUAGAGUUGGAAGGGACCACUAGGAUCAUCUAGUCCAACCCCCUGAAAUGCAGGAAUCUUUUGCUGAUGUGGGGCUUGAACACACAACUGUGAGAUUAAGCUUUACCAACUGAGCUAUUAAGACAGCAUAAGGCAUGUCUAUGACUGAACUCUUUAACUGCGCUUAAGAGAUCAGGAUGUGACGUCUGCAUUCACCCAAAAUGAUUCUCGAUUUUUUCUGUUAUCUCAUGCAAAGGAAUUCCUAAUACUGGUUUUGCUGAUGAGGGUCUUCUGGCACCACAAGAUCAAAUGACUGAGAAGCAAGGAUUCGCUCUUCUCUCCAGCACUAUAUGGUUCAUUUACCCCAGUCUGCCCCAUCCCCCAGCUGCCUAUAUGUUCCCGAAAACUCUGUUGUAGUUUUCUUCUCACCAUUUGAUCUCUCUCCACUGAGAGAAUUGCUCCUCUGCAUUCUAGCAUUCUGUGUCUUCCAUAGUUUAUGGGAAAAUCCAUUUUGUCUAUACAAGGAGCAAGGAACAUUUUUGGCUCCAGGGGCGAGAUCCUUAUCAGGGUCAGCCUCAUGGACUGCAUUUGUCUGGUGGGCAAGGCUGCACCCAUGACAUCAUAGUGAUGCCGUGAGCAAGGUGCUUUGAAGUCCCAAAGUCAGGACUUCCAAGCACCUUUCAAAGCAGUCGCUUUGGUGAACGUUAGCUGUGUGAGCGGUCUCCUGGCAACUCUCUGCAGCUUUAGCAAACUGUGGUUCCCAGGAUUCUCUGAGGGAACCCCUGACUGUUGAAAUAGCAUAAGAGUGCUUAAAACGCACGGUACGGAUGUGACCUUUCUUCUUGUGGUUCUUGUUGCUAUACCAGAACAUAAGAAGAGCCCUGCAGGAUCAAAUCCCACGCCCAUCUUAGCACUCCUGUUAACUGCAGUAACCAACCCAGAGGAGCUUAGGGGAAUCGUGCAAGCAGGACAUUGACAUGAAAUACGACCUUAAGACAUGUGGGCCAUAUUCAUUCCAUUGCAGGAUCCUUGCCUUUAGAGCAGGAAUUGGGGGGUGGGGACCUGUGGCACUCCUGAUACUGUGGGACUCCCACCUCCCCCCAGCCAGCAUGGCCAAUGGGCAAAGCUGACAGGAGCUAAAGUCCAGCCACAUCCCUGAUUUAGAAGUUGCUAUGCAUUUUUACUCCCUGUGUCUGGAAUGCAGCGGCCGAGGCUGCUGGCUUGAGUCUUGCCGUGUGUCUCGCCAAGGGGCGAGUGCUCUUUCAGAUAGCAUGAAACCGGGCCCCAAGUCAACGCUGCCUUUCGCGCGGGGCUAGCUGGCAUGACAGGGCUGUUUGUGAAGUUUGGAAGCGGCUGCUUGCCUGAAGAAAUGAAUAGGGUUGCUUGUCCUCAAGGCAGCAUGACAGAAUGAUGGAUUCUCUGCUCUGUUUUUCUGACCCCGGCUGCUGCCUUCCCCCCACCCCCUGCAACAGAUUAAAGAACUCACAGGCAACCUCAAUAGGAACUCCUCGUCUUCCAGCCUGUCGUCGGGACCAAGUGGCCCUGAUUCAGACACCUCUCAUCCCAACACGCCUAAUGUCGAGAGAAGCAUGUCUGUCUCGGUGAAGGAUCAGCGAAAAGCAAUCAAGACCCUUUUGAACUGGGUCCAAAGGAAAACAAGAAAGUAAGCCAACUUUUCUCCCUCCCCUCCCUUAAAAGUCGCCGCAAAUCCCACUGCCAAUCAGAUGGAAGAUUUCCAUUAGUUAUCUGUGUGAUGAAAUGGAUUGGAUGCAUUCAAAGUGGAUUUGAGGGCAAGCAAUAGAACAGGCUCUGUAAUUUUGCCUGUAUCAGCCAAGGAAGAUCUUGGGCUAUGCAGCUGGGUUUUCCCUGUCCUUCCUGUUUCACAGUUCUGUGUUUUGUGUCAGUAAUAAGACCCUAUUCCGACUCUUCUUUGCAGCAUACGUUGCCUUGGGGUGAUCCCAAGUGUAAAGAUGUGCUCAUGGCUGGCCCUUUCAUUAGCUGACAUGAGGCACAAGGCCAUCUCCCAGCUAAUGUAAUAAUAAUGAUAAUAAUAAUGAUGAUGAUGAUGAUAAUAAUAAUAAUAAAGUUUUAUUUAUACCCUGCCCUUCGCGGUUUAAAAACCGGGCUCAGGGUGACUAACAGGAAAUAUAAAACAUUGAUUAAAAUAUGACUUAAAAACAGCAUAAAAUACAACAUAAAAUGCAGCAUCAAUAUCAAUAGAUCUCAAUAGACCAGGCGUAGGGAACCUUUUCGGCCUGGAGGGUCAGAUCCCUCCCUGUCCCCACCACUGUGGGACAACUUUGACAGGUGAGUGGGACAACCCACCUGUGAAAUCAUCAGUGGCAUCAGGUGACCGACAGGUGCGCUGUCCUGUUCACCUGUCAAAGUUUCUCGUGCUGCGCUUCCCAAAUGCCCAGUGGUAAACGGGUUGUUGGAUGCUUGGAAAAUGAUGUGCAUGGGGCUUCGUCAGUACUAAGUACAGGGCUUGGCUACAUGAUCAAGCUCCCCGCAGGGAACUUGCUUGUGAAAGCCGAUCCAGCUGCCCGCCUGUUGAUGCAAGGUGACUUCAGCCCUGCUUUCUACAGGGAUCAAUUCUGUGGUUCAGCUCACCUGCUCCAGAUGCAUCUUUUAUCUGCUCCACAUGUAUAGGUGACCUCACGUGUGGGGCACGCGAGUGUGGUUUUGGGUGGGUGGCAGGGACAACCUCACGGCCAAACUGGGACGUAUGCCAGGCCAAAUUUGGCUGGAGGUUCCCUACUCCUGGUGUAGACUAUAUUGAGCUAGAUGGACCAAUGGACUGCUUUGGUUGGUUUCCUACAUUCCUUUGCUGACAGUUACCAUUUGCCAGGCAAAAGCUCCCACUGUGGUCCUCUGAGGGUGGGCAGCAGGGCUAAGCAGCUGGAUCUCUCUCACCCCAUGGUGGAGGAAAAGGCACCUGGUGUACAAAAACUCCCUCUUGUGAAUGCUUAGAGUAUGAUGCCUUUCCCUAAAGCUAGGAAGCCUUUGCACUGGAAUAAAUUUCUGUGUUAUGAGAGUCUUGAACAUGCCCAUCUCCCUGUAUGGAUUUUCAUACCAGCUCUCUCCUUGGUACUCUCGCCUCCAGGUAUGGGGUUGCUGUUCAGGACUUUACCAGCAGUUGGCGAAGUGGCCUGGCUUUCUUGGCGGUAAUCAAAGCCAUAGAUUCGAGCUUGGUAGAUAUGAAGCAAGCUUUGGAGAAAUCACCCCGGGAGAAUUUAGAGGAUGCAUUCACUACAGCACAUAACCACCUAGGUAUUCCAAGACUUCUGGAGCCAGAAGGUAACUUGUUCAUACCUAAAUGUCUUCUGCAGGCUUUUGGGAUUUACAGGCUGAUCAGUGGGGCCUUGUGAUCGUUACAUUGUUUUAUCUUUGUUUGUAAACCACUCUGAAUUUUUUUCUACAAUCCAGUGUCAUAUAAUUUUUUUAUGAAAUCAAUAAGUAAAAGGAAAUAAAUUUAGAUUCAUCACGAGACAAUAUGUGUGUCUCCCCAGACAUCAUGGUUGAGUCGCCCGACGAUCAGUCCAUUGUGACCUAUGUGGCACAGUUUUUGGAACAUUUCCCAGAGCUGGAAGGGGUACGUAUGUUCCUUCACUUCGCUUUUUGAAUGUCUUUUUCCUGUAAAUGUAGUUAGGUCACUCUCAGCGAUAAGCACCUCCUCCACAGUUAGGAGGAAGUUGGGUGAUUGUUUCCCUCACCUGGCCUCCUUUACUUCAGUUCAGUUGUAUUUACUUCACUAGGUCAACCCAAUUCCCAACAAUAUGGACAGUGGGCAGCAAAUGUGGGUGGCUUUCCUCUUGUCUCCCCACCCCCUAGAUUGGAAAUGGCAAGAAUCAAAGAGACACUGUUGGGAUCUUGACUCUGCAUGAGCAGUUCCUGAACUGCACCUGAGAAACCUAGAAGUUGAGAGGGCUGCAGGUAUAUCAUUAGAUGUUCAUCAACUAAACACUCCCAUAACUCACGGUAGGCCGCCCAAUGCAUCUCUGCAUAAGGUGGCUUGGUCACUUCUGACUAUUGCAGAGACACAGCAGAAACACCCUCUGCCCUCAGAGGAGACCAGCCAUUGCAUGUCUGCAUGUGAGUCACUGCUCUUGGUUUGCCUCCUUACGGUUGGGAAGCAUGCAGCAACUCAGGCAGAGAUGUCUUACUGUUUCCUAUGAUGAUAGCAAGUCUUUGGUGGGCUGGUGGAAGCAUGGCUUAAUUGUUCCGACAACUACCUUGCAAAAAGAAAUAUUAUUUAUCAAAUGAUGAUGAUGGUGAUGAUGAUGAUUUAUUUAAUGUUGUAUAGGAAGAUUUUUCAGAUCCGGACAAGGACUUUGCAGCUGAAUCUCCUUUCCACGUCAAAGGGACACCAGGGGAAGAAAAUCAAGGGAAGGUUUUGAUUUUGAAUGAGAAUGGGAAGCACACCUAUACCGGUCACCUGGACAGAAGCCAGUCUUCACCUCCAAAAAUCUAUAUUCCUGGUUCGCCCCUUAAUCCAGAGAACCCAAGUUUUCAUAUGGCAAAUGAGGAGAUUAAUGACAAUCUGCAGCAGCAACUAUCAGAUCAUUCAGAGACUUCCACAGAAGAACCUCAGAGGCCGAGCUCACUGCCAAUAACAAAGCCUGUUGAUUAUCGGUCCAAUUCUGCUGCCGACAUUCUUGCCAAUAAUGUAAACGGGUCUGAAGGGGAUCAGCUGAGUAUGUCCGAUUCACCAACCCAGAGCGAUGACCUUCUUCCGCCAAGUUCACCUCCGUAUCACAAACAUUCUGUUGAACCUGCUGACUCUUCGGGAGUCAAUUCUGAAGAAUUCAGCAAGAACAAGCCAGCCACUGAAACAAAAGAAUCAUCUGAUGGAAAGCCUUGCUCAUCCCCUCUACCUGAAAACGUACCGGAACAUCUGACAACGGAACUUGAACAUCCAAUUCCAGCUGCUGAUGAGCAAGAUAGCACAAAGAAAUAUAUAUUAGAAUUGUUGAACAAGGAAAUAUCUAAGCUCCCAGAAAAAUAUGACCAUGCAAUGCAGUCUUCUUCCGUAAAGGAAGGACAUGCUACUCACCAGGAAACUGGUGGACCUGAUUUCAACGAUAAUUCAGAAGAGUGUUACCCAUUGGAACGUUUUUCUCCAGUUAGAAACACUCCCAAGAGCCUAGAUAUUACUAAUGAAGACAGCUCGGUGGGUGAAAUGAUGCCAAACCCUUCCAAAAUCUCCAUAAUCCCCCAUGACCUCUUCUAUUACCCCCAUUAUGACGUUCCCAUAUCGGACGUCUUGGAUGCUUUUGCUACACCCGGCGCAGACCCUACCCUCUCGGAAAACAACAAGAUCUGCGCCGAGCUUUUAGUAAACUGUUUGGCGGAGAAAGAGUUGCUUGACCAAAACGCUGAGAAGGAUAUUUCAAAGGCAGGCCUACACACGAGUAAUGCAGCACCAACAGCCUUGGAUGAUAAAAGCCCGGAGAAGCAGAAAAAAGAUGCUCGUGGUCACACCAAGGCUUCCCUUAACAAGGCUGCUGCAGAAGGGAAGAAUGUGAUACUCAAAGCAAACAGCGUGGAUUCUGCUCACUCAGAUGUCCCUGUGGUACGGUUGCUUUUUGCACUUACUUGUUUGCUUGUGCCAAAUUCUUCCCUUGCACUGGAUGCCAUCUAAAUUAUUAUAGAGAAGCUUACACCAUAGUUCUUUUUCUGAGAGCUCUGGUGACUAGCAACUGCUUGGGUCUACCCCGCUGGUGUUGCACCUAGAAGUAGUCUUUAAAUGCAGAGAUGGAGAUCCUGUGACCUUCCAGGUGCUGUUGGGACUCCAACUCCCAUCAGCCCCAAUUAUUGCCAUUGGUUGGGGCUGAUGGGAGUUGUAGUCUGGCAACAUCUGGAGAGGCCCAGGCUCCCCACCCCUGACUUAAAUGCUUAUAUUUAAAUAUCUGGGAUCAGGCCCAUUGACUGGUCAAACACACACUAACCAAAUUGGGUGGUUGCUGCUCCCAUAGAGAGUCUUAUUCCCAUGAGAGUCAGGGAACUUGUCUUCCACCAAUGUGACUUCUUCUUGGCAGAAGUAGUAGAUGGUACUACAGUUUAGAUUGUGAGCCUCUGGAGCAAUGCAGUAUUUUCAUGUGGUAUACUAUGGGUUGUGCCCAACUAAAUCCUACUCAAAGUAGACCCAUUAAAAUCAGUGGUUGUGACUAACUUAGGUCCAUUGAUUUCAAUGACUCUACUCCGGGUAGGACUUAGUUGGAUACAACCGUAUGACCCGAUUUGGUAGCCAUUAAAAUAAGGUGUAAUAUCAGCCUAAAAUGAUAGUUUAAUUUGGACUUGCUUCUGUUUGGCUUGAUGUAUUGUCCUAAGAAGUUAGCUCUGUUUGGGGAAGCGAGAUCUUCAAGUGGCCAGUCUCCCACUGUACGUACUAAUCCUGCAGCUGUGUUCAUAGAUGUGUUUGUGUUUUGUUGGGUGUUAGAAAAUCCCAAGGGUCAUUUCACAAAUAACACAAUCCCAGAUUUACCAUGCAAGUGUACUCUUCAACAGGGAGCUGUAGCCAAUCCUGCCUUUUCUUGUGAGUUUGCCUCUACGGUGCCCUUGGUUUCAAACACCUAUCUGUCACAAUUGCACUAUAGGUGCAACACCUAUACCUAAACACCAAACAUAAGGUUGGAUCCAGACCAACUUAGUUGCACUUCAUUCCCUUUGACAUCAGUGGAACAUCAGUCAGAAUUAAUUUGCCCUGUUGAUUUCAAGGAGGCCAAAGUUCAACUAAAUUAGCCUCGAUGCAAACCAUGAUGUGUGAAGCAGCCCUGAACCUGGAUACUUGGUUGGUUUCAUUUCUCCUUCGCUUUUCUUGAAAGUGUCCGAAGCAUCAUUUGGCAGUGACGCUGUAUACAUUUACUUGUUUAGGAAACAGUUGUCAAAAUGAGAAGAUCAGCUUAAGGAUGGACAACAUGUUCUGUCCACACAUAACCCCACUUUGUUCAGCUUGUUUUGGUAUCGGUAGAGCCCUACUUGCAUUCUGGCGCACUAAAACACCCUCUGAGACAGAGGUCGUCAACAUGGCAGCCCUCAGAUGCUGUCAGACUCCAAUUCCCAGCAGCCUCAGCCAGCCUAGCCAAUGCGUAGCAAUAUUGGGAGUUGGAGUACAGCAACAUCUGGCACCAAAUGAGUUGCGGAACCCAGUAUGUGAAAUUAUCUGCCCCAGAAGAAUAGAUGGCUUUGUACUUCACAAUUUUUCCAUUGCCACCUGAGGAUUUCUUUUUCCAAUGAGAUUUUAAGUUGAUUGUUGUACAGAGUUCUUCUAGUUGGUCUAGGGUAUCUCAGUGUUAAGAUCGCUGCCUUUUGUAUUUUCAGUGACUUUUUGUUUGAUUGUUGCUUGUUAGCCACCUUUAUUUUGUAGUGGUGGGGAGACAGGGCAGAAAUCCUUCCCUCCACCCAGCUACCCACCUCUGCAUCUAUUUUAUUUUGAUGUUGUUUGCCAGCUUCCUGCCAUUUUGGGCACCUCUAUUUUGUUGGGUAGCGGGCAAAAUAGAAAUCCCUCUGUCUAAGCAUGCCUGUGUCUAGUUAGCUUGCUAGCUAAACAAGCAAGUGAAUGUAGUUUGCCAAUAUAAAGAAGAAAAAAGGAGCUUCAAAGAUUAAAUAGGCGGAUCUUGAUAAACUUGUACAAACUCUUGCUUUUAAAAACCUGAAUUAUCAUCAUUUUAAUUUUUAACAGAUAGUGGUAAACCAGUUUGAUACUGCGGCUGAAGAAAGAAAACUGCCAGAAGAAAGGAGCAAAAAGAAAGAGAAAAGGAAGAACAAGUCAAUUUUUCAAGGAGAAAACAACCCAAGUCCGAAAGCUGGCUCCACCCGGCUACUAGAUAAGCUAGAGGAAGAAUCCACGGACCAUCAGGGGCUUUCGAGGUGCUUUCCGUUUGCUUCUUUGGUUCCUAAACACAAAACCUGUCUUGCCACUUUUUCUUGUCUGGUUUCCAGGCAAAGCUUAUUUGCCUGCCACGUCUCAUAUUUUGCUGGCCUUCUUGGCUGCAGUCCUGGACAGCCAUAGCUCAGGCAGGGGAGGAAAAGUCCAGGCAGCCGGAUGCAUUUGGGAAGGGCGAGGUGCAGCCAAAAUCUAAGCACUUCUGGGACCUGCUGGGUGAUCAGCUCCCAUAAGUGCCGAAGUGUGUUUAAGCCCCAUUGGCUUCAGUGGAAAAAUUUAGCACAAACAUGCUUCGGUUCUUAACGAUGACUGAUCUCUAAGCAGAAUGAGCAAGUCGCUUCCCCCACCCACCUGCCCGCCCCUGAAGUUGGCUCUGGAGGAUCAGGGGAACCCCCAGAUCAGCACACAGGUGGAGAAAAGAGGGGCUCAUUUCAUCUGGCAAACUGAAAUACUUGCGCAGAUGGAACAGUUGGAUGAGCACUGACUGGCAGCAGCUCUCCGGGGUUUCAGACAAGGGCCAUUUCCCGGCCCUAUCCAGACAUGUGAGGUUUGAACCUAGGACUUUUCUGUGUGCAAAGCAGAUGCUGAGCUAUGGGGCCUUGACCCAUCUCUGCAGUAGCACUCAGUGGGAGGCUAUUAAAUGUUGUCUAGAUGAGUUGUGGGACGCGGGUGGCACUGUGGGUUAAACCACAGAGCCUAGGACUUGCCGAUCAGAAGGUCGGCAUCCCCACGACAGGGUGAGCUCCUGUGGCUUGGUCCUUGCUCCUGCCAACCUAGCAGUUUGAAAGCACAUCAAAAGUGCAAGUAGAUAUAUAGGUACCUUCUGGCGGGGAAGGUAAACGGUGUUUCCAUGCGCUGCUCUGAUUCACCGGAAGCGGCUUAGUCAUGCUGGCCACGUGACCCGGAAGCUGUACGCCAGCUCCCUCGCCCAGUAAAGCGAGAUGAGCGCCACAACCCCUGAGUCGGUCACAACUGGACCUAAUGGUCAGGGGUCCCUUUACCUUUACCUUUAUUUUUAGAUGAGUUGUGCAUGUGGAAAGGGAGGGAGAGAGAGAGAAGAGACUUUGUGGGAGACUCACAGCUGAGUAUAGGAUUCUGAUCCUGUUCUUCCAGAAGCAUCAUUCAAUACAAUGAACCAAACUGGUUAAACCUUGUUAGCACAAUGGGGAGUCUCAAGCAAGCUUUAUGCAUUCAAGUGACAUUAUUUUAUAUGUAUUUUUAAUCUGUUGGAAGCCGCCCAGAGUAGCUGGGGAAACCUAGACAGAUGGGUGGGGUAUAAGUAAUAAAUUAUGAUGAUGAUAUUGUAUCUACCAUAUUUACCCAAAUAUAAGCUGCACCUUUAAAAUUGGAGGAGGGAAAGAAAAAAAUACCCAAAUAUAAGCUGCUCCCUUCCUUGCUCUCUCCCUUCCUGGCCUUGGACGCUCCUGGUGCUGUUUGCCCCACACUCCUGGCUGUAUACCAUAAUGUUGAGAAUAUAAGCAGCACUUUUCACGGUCAGAAUUCGGGGGGGGAGGGAAUGUGGGUAAUAUUCGAGCCAAUAUGGUAUUCUCCCCACCUAUUCUCCCGACUUACUCACUUUCAAGAAUUUUUGUCCAACUAGCAAUUUCACUGGGCCACCUCAACACCAUUUCCUAUUCCUGCUCUUUAACCCCCAGGAAACUAUUUUGGACGUUCCUCGUUUCAUCCCUUAACCCUCACUGCCUUGUCCUCUUCUCCAUAAGCUCUACUCAUUCUGGAGAGAAAAGGUGCAGACAACAGCAAGUUCAUGUUCCAUCCCUAGACGCAAACUUGGGAGUCUGGUCACUUUCUCUCCCAGAGCUAUGGUUUCUCUACAGUGUUGCAUAUAAAUUUGGGCUGGGAUUGUAGUAAAUUGGAAUGCUGGUUGCGGAGGAGUUUGAGAACUUGGACCACGCAGGAGAUAAAUGUCUUUGGAUGAUAUGGUGUUGUGCAUAACUUGAAACUGGGGUGGAGAAGAAUGUCUAGCUAGUGUUUUGUCUCUUUAGAGCAUGCCUUGCAAAAGUGUUGGAGCUGGGCUGUCUUUCCAAUCAAGCUUCUCUUACAUAUUGAUUCAAUUAACCUUUUCAGGGUCAGCCACAGCGAUCCCAAUGUCGUUUCCCAAAGAUAUUUAGCAGAGUCAACCAGUAAGGUAAAUAUAUGCACGUCUCUCUCUUUCGCAUAUUCAUUCAAAACUCAGCUGGUACAAUAUGGCUUUAAAUAAUUCUGGUUAGCAAGCAUUUAGACAGCCAGUGGCUUUUAAUCUUUCUGUAUGUUGGGGAUCUAUUUUCUGUCACCCUGAGUUGAGAUCUCUCUUGAACUGAACUGCUUACUGUGCUCCAGCAUUGAUAUGUGUCUGCUCUCACCAUGCAUUUAGCAGACCUGUUGUUGUUAAGAUAAGAUCGCAGGAGGAGAUCUGCUGGAUCAAGCCAAUUGCCCACCUCCCAGCCCUACCUAGGGAUGCUGGAAACUGAACCAGGGACCUUCUCAUGCCAAGCAGAUGCUCUACCACAGAGCUAUGACUCUUUCCCAUGUUUUAGGUUCUUUUAGCAUAUUCUGGGGAUUUGUGGCAUUACACUGUUGCUUUUCAAUAUGCCUUCCCCUUGUCAGUGCUGUUAAAACAGCAGGAUGGCUGCCUGUACACUAAGAUGAUCAUUGAAGGACAUUCCCCAAGUCCUCCUAUCAAAUGAGGUGUGGUGGUGACUACUGGGGUCUCCUCUCCAAAGUGUCUUGCGUUUUUGAAAAUGUUAAUAAUGAGGGCUCUUCCAGUUUAAUCCUUUUUCCCAGGAGUAUGAUAUCAUUCCAUUUCGUUUUGCCAAAUCUUCUUAUCUGAAAAAAUAAAGCCUUUUUACAGUUCUGAAAACUACUACCAGUCAUCACAUUCAAAUGAUCAAAACAAAAUAAAAAAAAAAUCCUUCCAGUAGCACCUUAGAGACCAACUAAGUUUGUUCUGGGUAUAAGCUUUCGUGUGCAUGCACACUUCUUCAGAUACACUGAAACAGAAGUCACCAGACCCUUAUAUAUAGUGAGAGGGUGGGGAGGGGUAUUACUCAGAAGGGUGGUGGGAAUGGGUGAUUGGCUGAUAGGUGUGGUAAACUAGUUGACGACUGUUAAUGACUGCAAUUGGUCUUACAGGAAAAAGCAAGGGGUGAGGUGGCUAAAAAUAGCUUUAUCAUGUUUUAUCAUCUCACCCCUUGCUUUUUCCUGUAAGACCAAUUGCAGUCAUUAACAGUCGUUAUGACAAAUUUAGUUGGUGUCUAAGGUGCUACUGGAAGGAUUUUUUUUAUUUUGUUUUGACUACGGCAGACCAACAUGGUUACCUACCUAUAACUAUUCAAAUGAUCACUUACUUAUUUAAAGGCAAAAGAUUUGAGCUCCAUAACAGCUUACAACAAUCCCAAAUACUUAACCAGUUUAAGGUCUUAAGAUCUGUGAAAGUUUGGGUACUGUGGUGUGUUUCAUUUCUUGUUUUGUUCUUUGAUGCUGGCUUAUUGCUGUGUUUGGAUUUCAUGGUUUUCAUUUUUAAAAAAUGUAACCAUUUCCCCUUGUCCAGAAGAUUUUUAUUACAGUGUGGGAUAUAAAUACUGUAAAUAUACCUGUUAUAUCUUUUACAGCCCAGGCUAUUUAAUUAUAUUGUUGUGACUAUUUGGAUUUGAUUAUUUUCCAGGAACUUGGCAGCACUGAUGUUCCAAAGAGCACGGCUACAAGUGAAAUUGCUAGCUCCUCUUCCAGGUGGGCACUUACCCUUCUUUCAUAAAUUGGGCCUCAGGGUGAAGACAGACACCAGCUUUGACUUCAAGCCUCGGUUUCGCAAAGGAUAAGCUCCAGUCAGGAGCUGCAAGUGGAACUGUGUGUCUUUACCUGCCAUACACCUUAUGUUAUUUGGCAUUAGGUAUGGGGCAGGUGGGCGUGGCUUAGGGAAAACAGCCUCAUAGCCAAAUUAGGACCCUGCUUGGCCUGAUUUGGCCCAUGGGCUGGAGGUUCCCCAUGCCUGCAGUGGAGCCUGAGGACAAGGAGGAUUAUGCCCUGGAUGUUAUUUAUUCCUUGUUAAGCUUUCUUUUCCCAACUCCAUGUUGCCCCCUACACAUGCACACAGACACCAAGACUUAACUUAGAUUAAUGCCAAUCAGAGCAGCAAUCUGUCUUUUUGCUUCUUCCUCCAUAAAGUGCCACGUAUUCCAGCGCUAUGUAAUGAUUGGUAAUUCUGACUUGGCAUUUUUACUACCCAUUGCUGCACCUGCAUAUUUAUUUAUUUUACACUUGAGAGACCCAUUCCAGAAAAAGUUUUCUACUUCCUGUCAAACACCGAUUGUAGGGUAACCCACAAGGUCUCUCUUUUUGCCCUAGCAGCGUUGAAAAUCCGGGCAAGGGUUAUUAAGGAGAUUGCAUUCGAUUGCUUUGGGGAUAAUGAUGAAUGAUUUUGUCUGUAUUAAAUAUGCAAGUUCUUAAUAUGUUAGAUGUGACUUACCGGUAUGCAGUAUUUCAAAGAUGUAGGUUUUAUGUAUGAUUCCAGGCAGCAACAUGAUUUUACGCAGUAUUUUAUACCGUUGGGUUUUAUAUUGCAUUUACAGUGGUACCUCUGGUUACAUACGGUUCAGGUUACAUAUGCUUCAGUUUACAGACUCUGCUUAACGCAGAACGAAUUAAGUACAUAACCAGAGGUACCACUGUAUUUAUCUUCUAUGCGAAUGGCCUAUGGUCCAAGCAUUAAAAAAAACUGACUCACUGACACUUGAAAGAUCUGUGUGCCACCUUUUUCUGCCAAAUGGCAUUUCAGUGUGACGUAACAAAAUUUCCAUUAUUUUUAAAAAUGAUUAUCCUAAUAGAGAAUAGCCAGCCAAAUUAAUAAAAAAAUCUGCCAUUGUGGGCUAAAAAAUUGAUAACAGCAACUAACGAAUUCAGCAGGCUCUAAACUAUCCACAAGCCAAAUGCAGCGAAGCAAACCAAAUUCUGUGAUGCAUUAAACCAAUGAAACUAGCUACUGAAAGCUCCAGUAAUCAGGAUUUUCUUUUCCUUGGACCUGGAAGGGUAGUAAUGAAGGUGUCCAGAGUAGAAGUGGCUUAGUGGGUGGGGUGGAGCCUGGCAUGUGAGUCGCUGCUGCUUAGUGAGAGGGAAAGUGGCAAGGAGGUCAGCACAGUGCAGUUCCAUUGGCAGGAGCACUGGAUUGACUCUGAUGAUGUGUUUGCACCACGCCAGUCUCCCUGCUGCCUUGCCUCUCUCUCUCCUGGUAGGCAACAGCGACCCACCUGCUAGGAAGCUAGCAUAAUGUCCCCAUGCCAGUGAGCUGCUUCUGGCCUGGUGGAUCAUCUUUGGGAUCCCACAAGGCUCCCUCUCUGCAGUAGCUGCCCACCUUCAGCCAAGGUACUCUGAGAUAGGCCUCCAGUGACAGUCUUUCUUCCUAUUCCUUUGCAGGAAGAGAAAAGACCUUGAAAAGAAAGACUCUUCUGACAAGGCCAGCGUGCCUACACCCUCUCCGCGGACAGACCAGCCUGAGCUGUUUUACUUCAUUGUUUUCCUCUGGGUGCUGGUCUACUGCUUAUUGCUCCUUCCACAGCUGGUUAGCAGCCCCCUUUGAUCCCUGUGAGUGAGCCAGAAUAAUAAAAGAUAGCGGCUUGAUGUUCUUUGUUUGAUGUGCCCCUAAAUGCGUUUCUUCAGGAGGUAGAAAUGUUAGCCAAAGUACAGGACUCCACACACCCCUCCCCUGAAUUCAGAGCUCGUUCUUUUACUCAGGUGGCUUGUUACAUUAUGAAGAUUCAGCUCACCUGACUUUGUGUACAUAUAGUAUAUAUUUAUAUAGAUAGGUAGGUAGAGAUUAUAUAUAUCGAGAGAGAGAAUGAAGACAUUGGGAUAAUUACUUAAUACUUGCAAUUUUUGUAUGUCUGUGCCUUGCUUUAUAGGAUGUUAAAUAAAAUGAAUAAUCUCUUAGGGAAAGAUCCUAGAUUUAGAGAGUUCUAGUCUUCAAAAAGAAUCAUUCUUAUACUUCGGAUUUUAUCUACAGCCAUGAAAUCUGCCAAAAAUAUAUAUGUGUGUAUUUUUUGUGUUGCUUUUUCAGUAGAAAUUUUUGAUUGAAGAAAGUUGUCCUUCCUCCAUAAACUGAAACAAGAUGUAAUUAUUUUAUUAUCUAACACGUGCAGCUAGAGCCAGUCUAAGGCUGCAGUCCGGUACCCACUACUGAAUUCAUUGGACUUACUUCUGAGUAGACAUGUAGCGGAUUGCACUAUAUAGUCUAUGCUAGAAGAAUCUGGAAUAGCUCCAGAGAACUUUCUUAAGAUGUGAUAUGGCUCAAGACCAGAAUUUAACCAAUUUUUAGGUUAAUGUAUAUGGGAUUGUGAAGGAAUGGCAGACAGUGAUUUAAGUCAGGAACGGGGAACCUGUGGCUCUUCAAGUCUUCACUGUUGUUGUUUUUAGUCCUCAGACAAUACUUAAUUGAUGUCACACACAACCUUUGAAUUGUGUUUCCUUUUUAUCCAAUGUCCUUUGUAUUUAAAUGAAUGAUGUGGAAUAGUAUCACAAUUGUUGGCAUCUGUGUGUUUUGGGAGACAAUGGAGGAGUGCAUCUUUGGAGGUGAAGUCAAACCAUUGGAGAGUUACAGCACCUGCUGUGGCUGUAGAAACGGAUACAGGAGAGGCAUGUUUUAUUGCAGAUGGGGCAGAUGAAGGCUGGUUUUGCUGCUUCAGGUGCACCAUGGAUUAAUUACAUAAUUAUGUAAAAUUUCACCACAGUGUACAGCAAGAUGAACAAUGUGGCUUUUGAUGGAAGUUGAACUGCAGUGGUACAGAACCGGUGUGGCAUGCUAUGGACAUGGGGCGGAAUAGAAAUGGAUGCCUGCUUACAUCGCAAAAAAACUCCAGUUCCCAUCAGGCAGUGGCAAGGCAUGAUGGGAGUUGUAGUCCAGCAACUCCUGGAGGGCCACAGGCUCCCCUCAGCCUUGCUCUAGAUAAAAAUGAAGGAGGGACCCUGUUUAUAAUUUUUAGUGGAAAUGUACGGAAGAAAUGUUGUUAUUUGGAACCGUAUCAGUGUCAUGAGGGUGGGCAGGAGAGAAGAUGAGCCAUAUACUGAGAUGAGGUGAGAGGCUGUGUUUUAUUGACCAAGGCAGGAAAGUUGUUAGCCUCUGGUUGCCAUAUUAGAAUCUGUAAAAUGCUCAGUCCAUGGUUCUCUCAGCAUAAUCCCGUAGCACCAGAGCCUCAGUGUCAAUGGCUAGCAUUAUUAUAUAGUGGAUUCCAGUGUGUGUCUUGUACAUGCUUCUUCCUCUACCUUCGCACAACCGGAAUUUGCUCCGUGUGUUGAGAUGGCAAUGAAUGUGAACCAGAGUUGGUAUGUCAACAAGCAUGAACAUUGGGGUCUCAAUAACGGUUAGGUUUCCCAGAUAAAACUCAUAAUGUCCCAGUGGAUGGGAAUAAGGACAUAAGAAGUUGGAUCAGACCUAUAUCCAUUUUGUCCACCAUUUGGUUUCCAAAAGCAGCUAAGCAGAUCCUUUUGGAGAGCUCAGAAACGGAGCAUGAAGGAACCUGCUGCCACAGGAGGCAGUGAUGGCCACCAGAAUGGAUGGCUUUAAAAGAGGAAUUGGCAAAUUCAUGGAGGACAAGCCUAUCAAUGACUACUUUCCAUGAUGAUGAUGCUCCUCUACCUCCCCUGAAUCCCUGCUACUGGGAAUCACAGCUGGGCAGUGUGCUUGUGUCCAGUUUGCAGGCUUCCCAUUGAGGCAUCCGGUUGACCACUGUGAGAUCAGGAUGCUGGGCUGGGUGGGCCACUGGCCUGAUCCAGCAGGCUUGACAUGUUCUGAAUACAGAGGGUAGAGUCUGUUGCACCUCUUUGGGAAGCCAAUUGAAUGUAGGCUCAGUUCAUGCAAUGAAAAGAUUGUUACCACACUCCCUGGAUUCAUGCAGCAGAAUGAGGGAGUAGAAUGGCCUGUACCACCUCACACCGUAGGUGGGGGAAAUACCAUUUUUAAAAGCUCUCCUGUAUAGAUAAAUUGAUAGAUACAUAUAAAAGUUCCAAAGAAUCAACAGCCUUUCUUUGUGGUGUCCUGUCUGUUGCUAGAGACAAGGAGCAUGUAGAAAUGAUGUCUCCUGUCUGCGUUAAGAAAUAAUACCAUCAAUUUAGCUUGCCCUGGGGAAGGUUUUAAAAGGCCAUCCAGCCUGUUGACAUCCCAAGCUCACCUUGUCCCAAUUUCAAAUUAUUGAAGCCUCUUUGAUGUCCCUGAAUUGACCCAAACGUAUGGCGGUUCUGCUGGGCUUUUCUCAGCCGCAUUAACUCCAUUACUAUUGCCUCUGCUGCCGUCUGCAUGUAACAGCGGCCAAACCUCUGAGGUCUUAUUUCUGUGUCAGAUUAACGUGGCAGGAAGAGGACCUUCUCUGUGUGACAUGAUUUUGGCUGUUUUGAAUUGUGCACGUCCGUUUUGGCAAGCAUCCCGAUCACUGGGAGAAAUCAUUUGGAGGCAAUCCUGCUGAAUUUCCCCAAAUGUGUCAUAGCUGCAUUUUUGUUUCCUAAAAAAGUCAAGUCAUCUGUGACAAGCAGCACGAUACCUCAGAAAAGGGUUUCUCUUGCCACUUGAUGCUACUGAUAUUCUUCCAAAAUGAUUCCUCUGCCAGGAAAACAAAAGGGCUGCAAGGAUGACUGUAUUAUUAUUUCUCCCUUUCCACCCCAGUGCUUACUAACUAGCCAUUCAAGCGGCAGAGCGCUCAGAUUAAACCAGACACAGUCUGCAGCUGCUGCCCUAAACAUCAUGCAGUUGAUAGAUCAUGCGGGUUAGCAAAACAGAAUUUGUCUCUUGAACAGUGCCAAGAAACCUAGCUGAAUUUACGGGAAGGGGAGAAUGCUGCGAGAGAAGCAAACAGGGGUGUGUUGUCUGCCUACUCAGUUUUCCCGUAGCUCUUAGUGUAAUUUGGAGGGUGCUGUUGUAGGAGGCUAAGAAAUCCCAUUUCUUAGCUUUUGCAGCACAUAACUGCCCUGUUGCAGCUGCAGCCCUCCUGCCCAUUAACAGCGUAAUCCUAAGCAUGUUCACUCAGUGGGGCUUGCUCCCAAGUAACUGAUUAGGACUGCAGGCCCAAUCGUGCAACAAGGACAGCUAAAACCAUCUAGUGCCAUCUAGUCAAAUUCCGUCCCAUAAGCGGCAUGAGAGACCUCAUGGCUCUGUGCCACUGAACAGCUGAUUGUUGGGCUUGCAGAGGCACUGCCAAUGUUCCCAGCAAAGGCACAGGAGUUUGCAAGCACUGGCAAUCAGAGGGUCCUUAGCAUCUGCAAAGCUCUGUGCCUUUUCUGGCACAGCUUGAUUUCAGACCAUACAGGCAAAGGAAAAGGGGUCACUUGAUGUCACUCUGAUGUUGAGUGAUGAACACUUGGGCGGCCUCACUUACUGUAUUUUUCACUCCAUAAGACGCACCUGACCAUAAGAUGCACCUAGUUUUUAGAGGAGGAAAACAAGAAAAAAAUUAUUCUGAACGAAACAGUGGAUGUAUGAUUUUUGUGGUUCAUACUGUGGCCACAGACAUGAUAUGUGAUUUGACGGUGAGUUUGGCCAAUGCAAAAAAUCCUGUGGAUCCAUGCUUUUUAACCAUGUUUUUGCACCAUUUUUUUGCACCAUUUGCACCCCAUGAAACAGUGGAUGCAGGUUUUUUUGUGUGCAGGCUGUAGCCAUGGACAUGCUAUGUGAUCUGAUGGUGAAUUUGGGGUGACCCAAUGCAAAAAUCCCAAGGAUCCAUGUGCUUUUACCUCCCCCCUCCCAGGCAGCCUCCUUUAUUGCUAGCGUCCCUUAUCUUCCUCCUGAUUGCUUGCCAUUCAGCUGCUCAGCAGCUUCCUUUCAACACCCCCUUCCCUCUUGUUUGCCUGAGCGUCUUUUCCUUAGCUGGAGCAGUUUUUUGCUCCUCCUUUUCUUCUAAUUUCUCCCCUCAUUGCUUGUUUCAGUAUUCCUGUCUCCUCUCCUUGCAAGUUCGCUGUCUUUACCUCCCCACUCCCAGGCAGCCUCCUUUAUCGCUAGUGUCUCUUAUCUCCCUCCCAACUGCUUGCCGAUCAGCUACUCAGUGGCUUCGUUUCAACACCCCCUUUCCUCUUUCUAAAAACAAAACAAAACACAAUCUGCUUUUCGACCCUGGGCAAUUUGGCUCCAGGGACCACACAUUCACUUCAUAAGACGCACAGACUUUCCCCCUUACUUUUUAGGAGGAAAAAAAGUGCGUCUUAUGGAGCAAAAAAUACAGUACUUGCGGAGUUAUCCUGCAGGGGGCAGGGGAGGUAAGGAUGUAGCUUGCCAAUCCAGAUCCAGCUCCCCAUGCCUGUGUUAACGUGAAGACACACAAGACCCUUCCAAAGGCAGACCUGAGGGAUCUUCAACAGAUGCCUACCAACCUUUCUGUGCAGGCUUCCAAAAAAAAAAAAAAGGCGCCACACUCUCCCUUGGCAGUGUGUUCCACUGCUGAACUGUUUAAGAAAUGGGCUGCAUUCAGCCAAAUAUUUAAAUAACUAAAAUUCUUCACUUAAAGCACCAAAGGAAGAAGCUCGCAUUUCCAGAGGUGAAAUCCUGAAACCCAAAACUUUCAUUUAAAUAUAUACUGUAUCCCAAUAUUCUAGUCCUCAGGGUUGUAGAGUAAAAUAGAGAACCUUAUUUUUUUUAAAAGGAAAAGAAGAUCCUGAAGGCGCUUAGCCAGAGUUUGUAAAUGAAUUGGGGCAAACCAAUGUGAUGUAGUGGCUCAGCACUCUUACCUAGGACCGGGGGGUUGCAGGUUCAAAUCCCCACUCAGACAUGAAGCUCACAGGAUGACCUUAGGUCGGCCAAACCUACCUCACAGGGUUGUUGCGAGGAUAAAGUGGGGCAGCAUUCGGGUAUGUUGCCUUGAGCUCCUUGGAGGAAAGAUGGGAUAUAAAUGUAAUAAACACACAAAGCAACAAAACUUCCUUUAUGAACUUACACUACUGCACACCAAUAUUUUUUUUCUGGGGUGCAUAGUGCAGUUCAUUUAUUUAGGCUGCAGUCCUAUACACAUUUUUUGUGGCAGAAAUCCUUGACAGAUCUUCGAGUAAAUAUGCAAAGGAUUGUGCUGCGAUUUGAACUCUUUACAAACUACUGGCAACCUUUGGCUUAUUCAGGUUUUGUUCUGUGGUGCGUUGGCAUUUCUUUUGAGCGGGGACAAUCUGAACAUGGUGUUACUAAGACAGAAGGAUUUGUUUUUAAAAGCACAGAAAUAAGCAAGCACAUUAUGUACUCCUGGUAUGUUUUCCCGGUCACUUCUAUACACUGAAUGUUUGCACUUAGUCUCCAAAAGUAUUUUUUUAAGAAUAAAUAAAUAAAAUGUUUUAUGUAUAGUUGGAACAAACAGCAAAGGGGACGUGGCUUGCCCCCGCCCCCAACCACUGAUCUGUAGUUAUCUUAAAAGGAGAGUGCAAUAGUGAACAGCUUGAAACUUUAUUUUCUAAUGCAUCUGAUUUUCAAAUAAAUAGAUGGAUUUUCUGUACUAAA